AUGCCCCAACGAAAGGGUCUUUUAGCACCACAGAACACAUUUCUUGAUACGAUCGCCACGCGCUUCGACGGAACCCGUGAGUUUUUAUUUUUUAUCCCCAUCAGAAUAAGACCAUUCGCUUUGCCUUAUGAAGGCAAAACUCUGCUUUAUAGUUCCACUAACAACAUGUGCAAUAAGACAAACAAUUUGUUUUCAUUCGGCAAAUACUGUAGAUAUUAUUCAGUUGGAGAAAAAAACAGACAUAGGUGUGAGCAACAUGGAAAUCUUUAUUUUGUAACUGCUUCCAUUUUAAACAUACAUGUGGGUCUAAAUCUGCUCUCCUAAUGCUCUGCGGCUAACUGCCCAAACCGUUUUUGCUUUACGUAAAAAAUAUUUAGAUAAUUUCACAAAUUGGUUUUGAACUGCUAAUAGCUAAUAAGUCAACUGUUUAUCAACAGCAGGUGUGUGCGGAUAUACUAAAAAGGACUUGACUAAUUUAGCAGUUGUGUACCCAUCGCAAAAUAUUGUGCUAUUCUUCCCAGCUGUUUAGUAGUUGUAUUCAACUCAUUCAUGAGCCACAUCUCAGUUAUUUGGUCUCAUUGAACGCACAUUUUAGACAUGAAAUUUAAUUAAGACCCAGCCACGAAGAACGGAGUUUCAAAUUUAAAAUACAUAUGCAAAAUAUGAGAAUUGAUUGCCGACGGUAUAUGACUACAACUGAAAUGGUUAGUACAAGAUUAACCAAUGUCCAUAUCAGCGUGACAUUUUGUUUACUGAAAGUAUCGAAAUGCAGGGUGCUUUUAGUCUUUAUAUAAUCCUAAACCUGCUGUCCCUGUAUUGAACAUGGCAUAGGCAUAAGGCUGAUGGCAAGUAAAACUUAACUACUUAACUUAAAUUUUCAAGUAUAGACAUGUAUAUACGUUGCCACCUUUUCAGUGGAUAAUUCCAACACAUUUUUGACCUUUUGCCAGGUCAUAAACAUUAUUCAUUCCAGCACUUUUUACGCGCGCUUUAAGGCAAAAAUGAUUUAAUUUGCAAAGAAAAUGAAAGCCCAAUUACUGGGACGAUUUAACACCAAUUAGUAUUAAGAGGCGAACUGAUUGUUCUGCAAAAUGCGCAGCAUGUAUAAACCUAAAGCAUUUGGACUAUAAUAUAAUCAUGAAUGACAAAAGCUAACGCUGUUUGGUGCAAAUCGGAGAUGAGGUAAUUUACUGCAUUCAGUGAAUAAAAGAAGGAGUUACGCCUUGUUUAAUUUACGAUGAAAUUAAUGCGCAAACUUGGAACAGAUCCCACGGAACAGACCUUUUCAGGCACGGUCCGAAAUUUGUUAUGAACAUUUGAGCUGAAAUCCGUCAGCUACUGCGGAAUAACCGCGCAAUAUUCUCAAACCGCCAACAGGCAGCUAGUAGCAUAAAAUUUUGCAUUGGUUUACCGUAUUGACAACAUAGAUACCAGCGAGCACCUCUGUUGGCAGUACUGAGAAUAAUUACACAAGAGAGGGUUUUGCAAGCAGCUAAAAUGCUGGUGGCUAUGCUAAAUGCCUGCUACUUAAAUUGUUUUCUUUAUGGUAGAUCCGUAAACAUGUUUUAUAAACGCCCGACGGACUUUUUCUGUCCGAGACAGAAAAAUAUUUACUAUACUGAACCGUGAAUUAACAUAGGUGGCUUAUUUGCCUCCAUCUUAAAUGUCAUAUAUACAGAUGAAUGUCACAGACACUUCAUCACCUUCUCAAGACACCUUCCAGAAUCAUAAAAAAGCAUUUCGUAUUAGAUACAAAGACUAUGUCUUACUUAACUUGACAAAGAACUGACAAAUCGGGAUGACAGAAUAACCCUUUGCUACCUUCAGCAGAACUUUAGGGAGUCACGCUUAUGAUAACAAAUGCAAUAUCAGUUGGCAUAAUAAGACGAUCUGAAUUUAUUCAACAGUAUAACAGUUCAAUCGUCGUUGCCUGCGGUGUCUACCCUGCGCUUCACAGCAAAGUGAGUGCAGCGGCAAUGAUUUGCGCAUGAAUUAGUUCAUAACGAAAGAUGACUUACGCUGCAUUCAUUGCAUCCCCUUCUCCCUCCCAAACUGGGUCUGGCGUCAAAACAGAGUCAAAAAGACAGGAGACGGGGAGGGCAAGGGUUGGUCCGAGUUUUUAUGGAUUACGUGGAAGAAAAGGUUUCAUCAGAAUUAAACAUGACAACAUUAUACAGGAGGUACGUGGAUGAUAUAUUCACGAUUGUUGACAACAAGGAAGAUGCCUCCGACCUACCUUGCCUGGUGAAUAAUCUGCAUCCUAAAAUCAAAUUUACGAUGGAAAUGGAGCAGUUUAACAAAUUACCCUUCCUGGACGUCCUCAUGUUUAGAGAGGAUGAUGGUUCAAUAAGAAGCUCCGUCUUCCACAAGAUUACGUGGAAAGGGCAAUAUUUACUUUUUAAAAGCUUUGCGCCAAUACAAUGGAAACGUAACCUAGUACAUACUCUUUUUCAAAGAGCGAGAAAUAUUUGCUCCGGGGAGACCAUAGAUACAGAAACUGCCCGAAUCAAAGAAGCCAUACUUAAUCGCGGUUAUCCUGCACGCUUCAUUCAGAAGUACAGUAACCAUUUACGGCAAAAGUUGACGGAACAGUCCGUUCCGAAGAAGCCCGUUAUAAUAUGUCUACCUUUUAAGGGUGACAACGUCUCAAACACAAUCAAGCGACGCUUGCGUUGCACUCUAGAAAGAACGUACAACGCAGCAGAGCUUAUCUUCAUCAGUUCCACAAAAAAGCCUUCCAAUUAACCGGGCAAAGGAUACCUUGCCAAUGCACGCCACCCCAAAUUGUGUGUAUGAAUUCACAUGCACUUGCGGAUGCAAGUACAUUGGGCGAACGCAAAGGAAAUUGGCAACCACGGCCGCUGAGCAUUUGCCUAAUUGGCUUUUCAAACAGGAAACCACAACCCCCCGUUCGUCUAUAACGAAACACCUGUUAGAUAGCAGUCAUGUUGUCGACCUUAAAGCAUCUUUUCGAGUACUUGUCCGAGCGCAUACAACUCGAACCUUGCGUUAUUUGGAAGUAGCUUACAUACGGAGGGAGAAACCAGACCUGCGUAAGCAGUUAGAUUACGUGAUCAAUCUCCAAUUGUCCUGGUAAUCUCACUCCUCUAGUUUGCCCUGACUGUGAUUUGUUGUUAACAUUUCCUCUCCCUCUUUCCUAUAUGAUGCUUAUGUGGACGUCUGAUCUGAUUAUUCAUUGCCUUGAACCUUGACCUUGCUCUUAUGCACUGCCAUUCUGUACAAAUUCAUACUGCUAUGCGCUUUCAUUCGUUACCUAUGUUAUGCGGAGACGAGCUGCAGUUGAAAAGCCGUCACGAAAGUUAAUGGCCCCAAUAAAUUUUGCCGUACAUGCUUGUUUUCAGUAACAUUAAAGACAAUGAUAUUUGUCCGUAGAUUCAUAGCAAACGUAAAACUCAUUUGUUGCGGCGUUGAACUCUCAGUUGCUUAUGAGACAAGAAAAAAUUCGGUGCAGUUCACAAAAGCAAACUUAUACAAGCCUGUGAGGUUUUUUUUUAUCUUAGGUUCUUUCCUACCUGCAAAAGGAAAAAGACGUAGGAAUUUUACGUCGGGCCACAACAGUGAUAAACUUUUGAUGGUCGAGGGGGAUGCUUUAAUUAAGAAUAGACAUGAUCGAUAGAAAGAAUGGCUCUAAAUUCCACCUUCUGUCAAAAAGGAGAUUUAAGAUGCAAUCUUGCCGAAAACUGCAAAAACUGCAUAACAUUAAGGCGCGUACAGAGACCGCCUACCUCAUGAGGCGUCCAUCUUAACUUUAAAAUGUUUAGAGAUUAAAAGACGCUACAUAAGUGCAAACAAAUCUCAAAAGCAGAAUGCAGACUUUUGGAAAACCUUAUUUUCGAUUGCCAAACCCAGUAAAAAGCGGUAGAAUCUACUACGUGAAUUAUUGAAGCCGUGUUUUCCCGGGAUAAAUUUGAACAAGGCGAAGGCGACAAAGCAGGCAGAAUUUAAUGACGUCAUAAAUUUCGAGACCUCUCAUUCAGCUGCACACGGUCAUUGCAUAGUUAUAUUACAAGGCAAAACUGUUCAAUCAACGAUCGACCUAGAGAGCUAAAACGUGAUAGGUAACCUGAAACAUGGGUCUAGUAUGCGGGUGCAUAUGGUGAGGGAGGGGGGGGAGGGGGAGAGAAGUCAUCCAAGUAUGAGAGAACUGGUGCGGCGUGAUUUGGAGUGCAACGUGCGGGGAGCAUUCAGUCAUGCCGGGAGAGGGGUGGGGGGCGGGUGGGGGGCAAAAUGAGAGGGCGGACAUGGGAACAGGGUUUCGCCCAUAAUCGAUAAUUACCAUGGCAGUGCUAGGUUUAUCACAUGGUCCAGCUGCUUACAGAGUUCUGGUUUCCUCCUCCGUAUUGCAGCGGCCUCUGCAAAGCGCAAGAGACGCCCAGUCGUCGUCCGAAACAGGACCUUGAAUGCAACCAUUUGGUCCACCGUAUGGCCCGUGUCCAAUAGGUGCUUUGUGAUUGAGCUCCUGGGUACCUUAUUUUCCGCCUUAAGCAGCCACUUCGGCAUGUGUUCAGCUGACCGAGCUGCCAAUUGCCUUUGCGUGCGCCCGAUGUACUUGCAUCCGCCACUACAUGUAAACUCAUAAAUACAGUUUGAUGUGGCGUGCAUAGGCAAAAUGUCUUUAGCUGGUCUAACUGGGAUGGCGGUUGUGGUACUUAUGAACAACAAUUUAGAGGCGGCAUACGUACUUUCGAUAGUGCACCUAAGUCGUCGCUUGAUCACGUUUGACACAUUAUCACCCUUGAAGGGGAGGACGGUGGUCACGGACUUUUUAGGUACAGAUAUUUCUUCAGGAGUUUCUUGUCUGGGAUGGAGAUAUUUAUCGAUGAAUUUCUCCGGAUACCCGUUUGCAAGGAAAACGUUUUUUAGGAAAGUAAGCUCGCCAUCGAUCGUAUCUGAGGAGCAGAUUCUGGUGGCUCUAUUGAACAGGCACAAAACCAAGUUCUGUUUUCUCUGAAUUGGAACGAAACUGAGGAAGUGCAUUUAUUGUCCUUUCCAGGUGGGUUUUCGAUAGAUGGAUCUCUGAAUAGAGCCAUCUGCUCGCCUACGUAUCCAGGAAAGGCAGUGUGUCAUUCUUCUCAUGCUCGAUCGUAAAUUUGAUCUUUGCAUGUGCUUUGUUCAGAGCCUUGAGCAGCAGUUCUCCGUCGCCUGGGUUUUUGACUAUAGCGAAAAUGUCAUCCACAUAUCGCCCAUAGAAUGAGGCUCGUUGUAAGUUCCGAGCUAGUUUUCGCUCUAGAUUAGACAAAAAAGGCCGCUAGGACUGGCUCCAAUGGACUGCCCAUAGCUACACCGUCGAUCUGUCGAUACAGCCGCCCGUUGAACAAGAACUGCACAUUCUUUGUGCAUAUCUGUAGUAGUUCCCGUAGUUGCUCUGGUGGUAGGUGUGUUUCACCCGCAUGCUCACAAAUUAUGUCAAUUGUUUCAUCCAGUGGCACGUUUGUAAACAGGCUCUGCACGUCAAGCGAGAUCACGUGUUUAUUCAGUAGAUGCAAUGACCGUGUGCAGCUGAAUGAGAGGUCUCGAAAUUUAUGACGUCAUUAAAUUCUGCCUGCUUUGUCGCCUUCGCCUUGUUCAUACUUGAAUUAUAUAAACUUUUCGACUUAAAUUUAAUCCAUUAUAUAUAAAAUAUAUGUGACAGGAACAUGCAUAAAGUUGAUUUUCCAUGUACCAGUUUUGUAGCGCAUUAUGCAUUCUUUAAUCUUUUACUUGAGGAAAGGAUAUAAUUAGGUUCUAGAAAAUUGCUCCAUUUUUCGAAUAAUUUCGCACCUGAACUGCAGCUUUCUACGCAGUUUCCGUAUGGCACGCUAUAAACAUCUGAUAUAAGUAAAAUUAUACAUCCCUCAACAUUACUGAAAAGACUUCAUAUACAGUUUUGAAAUGUAUUCAACGGACGGGUUUCAUGUUGCAGAGCUUUUAAGCAACAGUAAAAAUCGUACAGAUGCGAAACAAGCUGAAUGGAAAUUUUGUCAUUCAAAUAUCUCACUUUAGGAAACUUCUAAAAACGCGAAAGCACGUCUUUCUCCAAGCUAAAAAUUUAAAUGAGAUGUAGCCUGAUAUCGAAUAUGUAUGUUUAGCAUGCAAUAUAUGUAUAUCCAUAGGGACAUAUUUUGAAGGCGCAGUCAGUAAACACCAUUACUUGUGCCAGCGAACGAUGAUAAUUUAGUCCCGGCCAAGCAGAUACAAUUUCUGUCGAUGGUGUCAAAAGCCCAUAAGUGGUUUGCAGGAAUAAAAAUUCAAAAUCAAUGAGAAAAGUCUGUUGACAUACUAGCAAAAGGCCAUCAGCGCGAUGACGAAUCACGGUUCCAACUGGAUUCGUUAUGUAUGGACAGACUUUUUACGGGUGAUGCCCUAAAUAAACUGUUCCAACAAAUAUAAUAUUAAGGGUCUAACAGCUAACCUUGUCUGGAAAAAAGAGCUAUUAGGUGUAUUGGGUGUAUGCAUGAUAAAAAAUGCAAAAAAGUAGACAACAAUUACCAGUAAUCGGACUCAACCAUACAGUAUGCAUCAAGGCCAAUACCCGCCCGUCAAGGUUUCACUAACUAGACUAGUUUAUUUAGGCCUAAUCAUGUGACACAUAAAGUAAGCGUUAAGAAUCCACGAAGUAUUGACUGUAAUAAAUAACUGUUCUAAAAAAGACGCAUUGAUUUGAAUGAUAUAUUCAGCAAUGAUAAUUAUAGGAUAUUAUCAAGUGUUCAUUUGCUAAUAGUGGGGUGCUAGUUUUAAAGAAGACACGCUAACAUUAGCGGAUGUGGAUAAUACUCUAACAAAAUAACUAAAUAAGUAGCGCGUGCGUUUUCUUUGAAUGUCAUAGCACUCAUAUGUCCUUACGAAGUUCCCAAAUUCCGGUAACUGUAUACCUAUUUUCUAAAAAACAGCCUUCUCUACAUGCCUAAUAACAAUUAGAGUUUUAGCCCAAAAAUUUUGCAAUUCAAGAAACAUCCGAAACGUUUACGUUAGUAUUAUUAUUGUCAUCGAUAUAGCAUAUACGUAGACAUCUGUGCGAGGUAAUUAAAAUGUGUAAUUUGCGGCACAUGUCAUAUUUUACUACAUGCUAGAAGUGUGUGCUUAGGUAGAAAAGGGAGAAUUGAACCGGCUUCGAGUCUUUGGGCAGCGAGCCUUUAGAAACGUUGAAACGGGUUUUGAUCUUUCAAAUAAGCUAAAAACAGCAGCCGUUGUAAGAUAAAACAUUUUACCAUUCAGAAUGAAGUUUGUCAUGAAUAAACUAACACGCUGAAUGCAGAUUGCGCAAUGAUCACAAGGGUUUUUUGAGAAUUGUUAUUUACCCUCAAGUGCCCAGAUGAGCGAAAAAGACAGUACUUAAACGGAAAAUUUACAUGUGCAAUAGGCAGUUGAAGUAGAAAAAACAAUCAAAUACCUAGGUUCCAAAGCUAGCAACUUUUUCUGGGCCGGUAUGCAAUGAUAAUAACGCAACAACUCGUGCAUAUUUCAAGUGCUGCUGAUGAAAUUCCUUCAUCAAGUUUUUUAUUUGUGAUUAAAUUGAUGAAACGCCUAUUUUCCCUUUCUUGUAAUUGUAGAUAGCAACUUCGUUCUUGGAAACGCUCAAGUCAAGGAAUUUCCCAUCGUCUACUGUUCGGAUGGGUUCGUUGAGCUUACAGGCUUUAAUCGAUCACAAAUAAUGUCGCGUUCCUGCAACUGCUCCUUCAUCUGGGGCGCAAAGACGGCAGAAUCUGCAAAAGAUAAAAUUUGGUCUGCACUUAAUGGCCAUACAGAACUGAAGAUCGAAGUGACAUUCCAUAAAAAGAGUGGUUAGUGCAGUCAUCUUUAGAUUAGUGUUUAGUUUGGUUCAGAUGACAGGGGUUUUGCUUUCUUUAUCAUAAAUAAUUUGUGAACAUUAUGAGAGAGUCAAGCAUAUUUUGAUUUACCCUGCCAAAAUGACUUAGUUCUUUCAGAGAACCGUUGGUUUAUUUAUAUUUGCUAAAUGAUACAAGACUAAAAGUUAUGCUCACAUUGGUUAACGAAAGCAUUCUAGUAGGUAUCGACGUCCCCGCUCCAGGUUACUUUGUCUCAUUACAUUUGUGUGAAGACACGUCGUACAUUUGUCUGGAGUGUUCCUGUCACUCAUAUAAGGUGCAGCCAUUGCUACGAGUUUUCAGUCUAUUUUUAAGACUCAUGGGCUCACAUUUGAUAGAGUUCACUCCCGAACUGUACAUAUUUAGGUAAAGGUGCUGUAAGGUUUUAAUUCAGUCUUACAAAUGUAGUAAAUGUUAGCCUACUGUGGACACAAGGAUAAUGUACAUUUCAAUAGCGAAAGCAGAAAAUUAGCCUCAGGUUAUCGACUAAUCUAAGGAAAAGUAUAAGAAACGUGUGGUUAGGUCAUUUUCAACAGACACAAAAUUAUGGACAUUAAUUAAGGACAUUUUUUAUGAUAUCCGCACUAACCAGUAAAAAACGGUAGACAUCGCUGCACACGCUAUUUAAAAUAAAGACUGAUUCUGGAAUGCCAGAAUUUAAACUGCGUACUCACAUAAGUUGUCUCUUGUUAUUGUAGGUUUGGGAUUUUUCUGUUUGCUGGAUAUUGUGCCAAUUAAAAACGAAAAGGGACAGGUCGUUCUCUUUCUCGUCUCCCACAAGGACUUGACCCAGGAAAAAAGAAGUAAGAACAAUACACCUAAUAAACAUGUAUUACAUCAUACGUUAUUUGAAUAUUUCGUUUGUUUUUCAUUGGCUUGACUGCAUAAUGCAUCGUAGUGCCUACCUUAUUUUUACCUGUAAGUUCUUGCAUUUUGCAAAGAAUCCGAAAAUGAUGAAUUAUGGAAGUAUAACAUUAGGAAAUAGUUUUUCUAGAUGUAUCACAAAUUCUUCUUAAAAUUGAGUAAAUCCACAAAUAGAGGAGAAAAUAUGUAUUUUAAAAACGGUACUUUUAAGUAUAAAUACGAGUCAAAGUGGAUUCGGUCUACAUUGCGAAUCGUCAUGAAUGCAAAGAAUUUAUAAUUUUAUCGAUAGAAGUAAUUAAUCGACGGCGUGGUAGUUUGUGCGUGAACGAUUUAUGCAAAAUGUAAGCGCGAUAGUGUACAGGUUAGUAUGCCAUUCCGAAGUUGAAUCGUUCUGAAAUUUCCGAGUACAACAUCACUGCACACACACGCACUGAUGAUUCACCAUGCAAACGCAGUCAGAGCAAUCACGAGACAUUAGCCAGAACCCACGUUUCUAUGGAUUUUCCAAAGUUUCCUGCAUAAAAGAAGGUUAGCAAAUGUAAACGUUCGAACUAAUGACAACAAGCUUAGAUAAUUCCGCAAUUUAAUACACAUUAUGACCAGCGAUUCUGUUUUUGCUCUCGAACAUGAUGCCUGGCAUAACGUGCUGAGUAUGUUUGCCUCAAAAGACAAUGGAUCACACAAAUGUUUCCCAACGGAUGGAUAAUUGUAGCACAGAUUUAGUGCGGCAAACGCAUUGCGGGACGAACGAUAUAAAUGUUCACACUUUACUGCACUCAAGUAGUCUCUGAUGAUGAACUCUAGUUCGAGUUCGAAAGCUCAGGCAAAUAAACCUACUAUCCCAGUUAUCGUGCCUUCGCCUUCUUUUAAACAAGAACCUGGGAUGCGCAUAUUCUUUUCCAUUCGUGAUAAUUUGGUCUGUUGUCCACGUGAGAAGCAAAGCCACUGAUUAAAGUGUAUGUCGAGUUUAUUUCCCUGUCGCGUGUGGGACACUUAAAGCAUUCACGCAUAUCAUUGUCUGUCACCAUCAUAUGCUUUUGAUCUUACGAUUUGAAUCUGGAAGUGCUGAGAUACCAUUCUUGAGGAAUGCCUUGGUUCACGUCAUUUACUCUAAUCGCCAGUCUGUCUGCCUAGAUCAGACCUUAUUCCCAGUCAACAAAAUCGAUUUGUUAUUCAUUAUAUCUGGCAAAGAAUAGAAGACCGCUAUUUUGUCGCAAAUAGAUACAGUCGUAUUUUAGCCUCUUUACGUUUUGGUUCUAUGAACAUAGUCGUCCGGUGUUUUGUGGUCUAUUUUCCACGGUACUGUAGUAUAUCACUGUGGUUGUAAUUGACAGGUGUUUUAGCUAUCAUUUAAAGGAAAUUAUGUGAAGUACUGUGCUUCUACUUCUUUGCUUAAUCUAGACGACAAAGAUAGUGUUGUAUGUGAAAUAUUUUCCGAUCAAUUAUGGCUGAUUUCCCAUCAAAUUGAAUGACACCUUAGUAUUUCUUGUUCUGCCUCUGACUUACUGUACGCGAUUAUUGAACCUUCAUGCUCGAAUGCUGAUUUUCUAGACUGACGAGCGGCAUGAUAGACAAUAGGGGAAUGGAACCGACGGUUUUUACUUCGUAAAUUUCGAUGUUUCACAUUAUACCAUGUCGGCAUAAUUUGCCGACGCUUUCUAUAAAUUUCAAAUGAAGACUCUUCGCUGUUUUCCAUAUUUUGAAAAUAGGUAAAAGAUCAGUUUACCGGUAGCUAGUGUGAUAUAGAAAAUGGUCCGAGAGUCGUUAUGUGCGUGAGAAUUGCAAGCAUCAUUAAAUUUCCGCAAUGGAACUCUGAGCAAGUUUUGAUCGAAGCCCAUGAAUUUCAGUAGUUCAGCGUCAUUAAUCUGAAAAAGCGAAAAAAACAUUUCCACAAGGUGCAAAUAUUUCUUAUUUUACCACUGCACAGUUGCCUUUACCUUAUACGUGUCAGAGCAUGUGGAAAAAUACUCACGACAAGUGCUGGAAAGGUUCUUCGAAAUACUCCUAAGUUCUAGUAGGAAUAGGUUUGGUAGUAGAUGCAAACAAAGGCAAUAGACACCUGACCUAUGGUUUCUUUUUUAAACAAACAAGGAAUCUAUAUGCGCCUUUUUCGGCUCCAUUUUUGGUCUUGUACAUAUAAGUUAGCGCACGAUUACUCGGCUGAUUUCAGCCCCUAAUUUGCAGACCAGUUUGAUUUUAAUUUAGCAUGAUAUUUGUGCUUGUACGUAUCGAAAUGUCACUGGCUUUCGCAGCAGUAUUUCUGCGCGUACAUGCGGGCGUAAAUUAAAGCAGGGUUUAAAAUCUAUGGCAAAAGUUUUGGUACGAAACUUGCAAACGGGUAUAUAAGUGUAUCGUCAGUUACACAGUGGAAUAGGAGUGCCAAAAGAUUAUAAUUGACGCGUAAAUUUAGUGCUCCACGAGGCGAAUGAUAAAAACGUUUGACACUCGGAGGAGGAAGCAUGAGAAUAUCAAAACGACUACAGUGCCCAGCUUACAACCGGCCUGGCUUUGUUUCAUGAAUUGUGUAGUUUGACUCAUGGUUAAAUUCUUAUUCAAGACUAAAUAUUUAUUCAAAAUAAAAGGCAAAUUACAAGGGUUUUAGAUUUGGCUCAGUUGUAUUUGCCGCUGGGUUAUCUUAUUGAAUGUCUGUGUUUAAAGAGCCACCAGGAGACUUCUCGUGACUUCUGUCUUCUCAGGCUGCAUGUUCUAGUGUAUUAGCACGCAGGUAAACAGAGACAAUAAAAUUUUUUAACAAUUAAUUUUCCUAACGUAUGCAGACAGCACAUGCAUCGAUUCCUGAAGACCGGAUACAUCUCCAUUCUGGUAUGUCUUUUGGUUGGAACCCCCUCACGCAAAGUAGGUAAUAGUAAUUGCACAUUUCUUUAAGGCUGGCUGAUGCAGUAUCCUUAAUUCAGUCGACUUUUGACAAACAAAUCAAUUUUAUCUAUGCGAAAACUCAUAUGAACAUUCGGCAAUUGUCCUAGCCCCCUUACAGACGGGUUUCAAUGUCUGAUAGGCGGACUUAUAAGAUUACUGCAAAAGGAUUCUACAAUUCCAUGUUUCAUCGGCGAAUAAAGUGAAUAAAUAAUGCAUGACUUGAUUGUCUUCUCAGUUUAAUUCCAAAAUAAACGGCAAGCAUUUUUGGUGGACACCCACGUGCCAUCUUAAUAGCGCUCUUUAUACUGAGUUGUUACCUAUUCACGUUAGAUCAAUUUUUUGCACAAAACACAAUAUCUAAGUUUCGGGCUGUCGCCUAAAACAGCAAAGCAGGUUUUGCUGUGAUUUCAGUCGCGCGGAAAUAAUCUGCUCUUAGCCAUUCCGGACUAGCUACAGACUAUUGAUCUUGGUCGGCGUGUCAGUCAACUUGCUAAGCAGACGAGAUCGAUGGAAAACAUAUUUGGGGGAUAAAGUUCUUAGUCCUCUUGCCUCUUAAAAAUCUGAGUUUGGUGUUUGUGGUUUUACGCACCAUACAGCACAGCAACAUUUUACUGCUCGUUUCAACUGACUAUUAUUUAAUAUGCUGCUUUGCCGUUAAAAGGGACAAUAAGAGCACUUUUUAUAGAAAGACAGUCAAUACCACCUGAUUAUUCUCUCCAAUAAUAACUGGUUGCUGCUUGUAUAAAAAUACAGGUCUUGUGAAUGAAGCUAACAAUAAUUAUUGCCUCGAACACUAGGGAACUUAAGUACUUUAGAGCAUCUUUCUUGUUUGAGACAUUCUGAACCUCUUUUCCCAACACUCGCUUUCAGUCACGUCCGCAAAAUUAUGAUUUUCAAAUACAAUUCACACAUGCAACACUGCUUAAUUUAAUUUGGCAACGUCAAAACCGCAGUUAAUAUCUUCCAAAGGAACUUAUAGCCCAAACGUUCCAGGCGUUAGGAGAGGGCCGAAUCAGACACGAGACAACAAUGCGACACAAUGUUAAGGUGGUAACUCCAUCAGCAGACAGCUGGAUCUCCCUGUGGCUGACAAACACUUGCGUUACUUCGCUCACAAAGAUAAGGACAAGAGAAUAACAAAAAAAUUUAAGAAAACCGAGUAGACACAGCCCGGUGAGGAGCCCAGACGAAGGGUGGGAAGAGGUUCAACCACUGUCUAUCAAGGUGACUCUACGUAACGCAAGAGACCGUCGAGCUCCCCAAAUCUCUGUCAAAAUGCAUGAGCAGUGGAAUAAUAAAAAACGAUCAGUUUAAGACCGACAAGCUCGACCAGUCAUUUGAAAUUCUGUUCGAGUUUCUACAUUAAGCGCCUUGUCUAUUAGGAGCUGAGUGAGUUCCCUGGAAAUCCGGCAAACCGAUGGCUCUGUUUCGUUGGUCUCCUUCCCUCUCUCUGAGUAUGCAUAUAUAGUAUACGUAUGAAUUGCGACGUAUGCAUUUCAAGAAAUAUAAUUUGAAGGCAAAUGCGUUCUUUGGGAAAAGGAGAAAAAUAGAUUGAGUAAAUUUUCGACGUCGGUUCCCCUGUCGUCGUUAGACUCGAGUAAAUGUGCAAAGAACAAUUAAUAUUUCUAACGUGCGGAGCAGUCAAUAUCCAUUUGAUCCCUCAGCUAGUUAGCGCCUGCUGCGUGCGUCAGUCUACAUCGAUUGACUUUCGUCUUUUCCACUUUUCCUGAGAUUUUUCUACGUGGCAUCUUGGCCCUUUUUAAAUAGGCCAACUCCGAGGAUGCGAGGUUUGUCCCAUGCGGAGAUGUGCCUAGUAUCAAGGGUGUGCAUGGCUAUUUAAGACAGGUAGCUUCGCCGCUUAACCGCCAGUUGAUGUUUUUCAAUGAGUGUAGAGGCAAAUGUCCCCGUUUGGCCACAAUAUGCGGCAUCGCAGGCAUCACGAAGGAUCUUAUAGACGACUUCCUUUUUGUCCAGAUAGACAGUCCUAUCCUUAGGGUCUAAAAGCUGAGUGCGUAAAGUAGUCGUCGGCUUGUGCGCUACUUUUAGUUGGUGUUGCAUCAAGUGCCUUUCAACAAAUUCAAACAUUCCUGAUGUAAGGGAGGAUUUGUCACGUAUUAACUUUGAACGCUUUAUUGGAAGUAUCUAGUUUCUUAGGUUUUAUCUCUUCCUGUCUCAUGCGUCGACGUGUAAGAGUUCUAAGGUAACCAUUCCGGAAAAAUAAUUCAAACGGGUAAUUUAGUGCAGUUUGGUAGCUUUUCAUCAAAACGUGUUUUGGUUUGAUCUAGCAGACUUUUGACAGUACCCUGCUUGUAAGAGACUAAGCUGUUGCUCUCGGAGUGCAGAAUUACUUCCGCAUAUGUUUCUUUGCGGUAAACGGACGUAUGUAAUGUUUCGUCAGUCUGACGCUAGAAAGGGAAGUUUAUUGUCAACUUCUUUUUCGAGCGUGAAUUUAAUUCCUGGAAUUGUUGAGUUGAUAGUGUUGUGGAGCAUUUCCCUUUGAUCGUUUUUAAUGACAACAAGUGUGUCGUCCACAUAUCAUAAGCACAAGUUAGGGUUAACUAAUCGAAGAGCUACCGAUUACAGUUUCUGCAGUGUCGCCUCUGCAGGAAAGUCAGAUAUAAGUGCUCCCAUAGGAGCUCCUUUUAGGUGUCGACAAUAUAGGUGAUCAAACGAAAACUUAGAUACUAAACGCAGGUUCAUGAAUUUACGAAGGACAGCUGUGGAAACUUCCGUGUUGUAGGAUUUAGGAGACCAUCUGUGCAUUAUCUUGAGAAAACUAGUGGCAUGAGUGUGAAUAAAGAAACUACUUUUUUGCUGGAGCAAUAAAGCUUAUCGUAAACUAUCGUCGGUGAUAAAAUUGCCAUAACCGUUAAGGACAAAAUUACGACAACGGCCCACCGGCUAGAUCGCAGUUGGUAUCCAGGAAUGAGGAAGCGGACGGCGAACUUAACCCAAACCCUAACCUUAACCCUAACUUUAACCUUAAACGUUAACCGUUAACCCUAACGGCAACCUAACCGAAAUCGUAAACUUAACUGUAGCCCUUAGACAUAGACCUAACGAUAAAACCUAUCUGUAAUACCGAAACCUAGUCAUAACGUCAAACCCUAAGCGUAACCCGAAAACCUAAGUCUAAAUGGUAUAACCCUAACCCGAAAAUCGCGCACCAUUAAGCGGUACCCUACUCCUAGCCUCAAGCGUAAAACGGAAGCCAAGUGGGUCAGAUGUGAUUAUGUAGUUCCACAAAAAGCCCCCGGUAAACAAACCCCCCAGUCACCUGUAAUACGGGGCCUGGCUACCAAUUGCGAUCUGGCCGGCCCACCUUGCAUACUGAGGGAUGAAAUUUAUGUUAAAAAUUAGUCUACCCUAUUUUGAGACAAUAAAAUCUAUUGCACGGCAAGGCACUUUUUAAACAUUAGUUUGCGCUUUAAUUAUUUCUGUGUCCUAAGUUAACUAAUUAUCCUGCUGAUUAUGGUUUAAGUCCUGCGGGUAUUUUGCCUAAUUCGAAACCUAGACUUUACAACAAACGGAGCAUUGUAAAGUAAGCAGGCUAUUAAUAUUAUCUCAAUCGGUCAAAAGCCAUUGAUUAUUAGUUCUGUUAAAAAGUUCUUAUGUUGGCAAUUUUCAGAUGAAUGUGAGGUCUCUCCAUUUCUCCCCAAAAAUAACUUCAGGAUAACACUAAAACUUUCUGCUCUUUUGUAAAUUCCCCUGGCUGGAGUCGACGGUAGUUACUUUGAAGACUUAAUUUCAUCGUGUCUCUUCAGUUUUUAGAUAGUUUUCGUUGUUUUUGAAUUGUAUUUUCAGUUUAAGAAUUGAGAAUUCCCUACAAUAAGACCGCUCAAUUGUUAAUGUACUUUUCGUAUGCCUGAUGCAGUACCCGUAUCCAUCCCAAAAUAGCAUUCAUUUAAACUACACCGCUCAAGUUCAUUUUUUCGUAUUAUUACAACCUAAGUUUUCUAUUUUGUGGUUAACUGUUGAUUAAAUAUUUCUAGGAUAUUCACCUCUGCUCAAAACGUACGUGUGUGAUGAAACAAAAGAUUGUUCAUCGGCGCUGGUACUCCGCUUAAGGGCAUCAAAUAACACAUGUUUGUGAAAUCUGCAUUUUAGGAUUUUAAUUAGCUUUCGGAACAUAACGGGCUCACUUACAUUUUGCCUCAACUGAUCUGCUCUGACCGAAUUAAGGGGUUUCAAUAUGGCAAACGCUUUUGGAGAUAUGUCAGACCAGAAUUAAUGCGUGCGUCUAAAGAAAUAAGCGCGAAGACGAAGAUGUGACCACGAAAUAUAUUAGCAUGAAAAACUACCGGAUUUUAAGAAGAGUUGGUUCUGCUCCCAAAUCAACCUCCUUGUUCAUUAACUGGCGCUAGAGGGCAUUUUGUAUGAGCUAAAUGCUAUUUACUUAAUGCGGCUAAUCAAAAGGUAAAAUUCACAGCUUCUUACAUGACGCUGACUAACUGCCAGGAUUCCGCUUAGGACAUUUUAUUAAUUGCUUUCAGUUAUUAGACCUGAGUGAAGGCAAUUUGUUCAUAUCAUUCAUACUGUUUAGGUGUUUUUCCAACAGUAGAAAUGCAAGUUGUUCACUUACAAUUUAUAGUACUCUUCUGUGAGAUAUCUCGGUGGCCAUGCUUUUCCCUCCGCACUAGAAAUGUGCUGUCAUCCUGUACGUGUUCGAUUAUAUAACGUUUGUCGGAAGCUACUUAACUCCAAACUGAGAAAUCAGUUUUUGUCUAUUACGCAGCAUUGUUAUUUCAUACGAUAACCGCGAUAAGAAAUUAUGUGCUGGUUUUCCCAACAGAAAUAGAGCUAUUAUGUUUCUAGCCCCUACAUUGAGUGACUAAUCCUACACACAUUCGAAUAUGUACGGACAGUUCCCACAAUCACAAACACAGAACUUAUGAACGAACUGAUUACAUCAAAGAAGUCACUUUCGAGUGAACACCCGAUCACGCCUCCCCCUAAUAAUUGCUUCAGACUUUUGAUGCGUUGUGCGCGCAGACGUUUCCAUGUAUUAAGGUCAAGUCGUCGCUGGAGGCUCUGUUGACCUUAGCGGUUGGCAAUUUAAUUUUCACCCAGUCAUGCAGGCCUCGCGUGUCCACCUGACCGCGUCAUCAUCCAGUAUGCUGGACGUUCGAAUAGACAACUAAUCUGGCACAUGUCCGAUUACCAUUGGGCCUAUUCGAGCCAUCCACGCGCAAAUGGCACAAAUGACAGUUACCACUGACACCUCUGUUCCAGUUCUCCCAGCCUUCCUAAUGUUACACGCAUCACACCUGAUGUAGGAAAAAGUGGUAGUUUCGUGGGAAAAGCAAUAUGAUUAGAAUGGAACGCUCAUAAAAUAACCACGAGGCACAAUCCUAUUUGUUGCCGAAGACUCGAUAUUUGGUCACGGUUGGUUUGCGAUGUCAAGUAGCGCAAAACCUGUCAUGCCCCAUUGCUUGGCUUGGAAAACGCAUCUUUUCGAGCACAUGGAAUAUUCUGCUGAUAAUACCAAGUUUGCGCGCCUUUGUACGGGUUCUGUUUCGAAACAUGCAUUGAUUUCUCAUUGGUGACUACUUCAUAUUCGACUGUAAUAAAAAAACUAAAGAAACAAUAUUUUAAUAGAUUCAUCUGACUGCAUAAAUUGCUAUUAAUCUACAAACGAUGGGAGCCCAGUCGCACAUGCGACUAGCUUCCUAUGCCGAUGCUCAGCAAAAACUUCUGCGUCGUUUACCAUUUAAAGCGGUGCUAUAUUACACCUUGUUUGCAUAAGAAAAUUUAGUAAGGUAUAGAAAUAUGUACGAGCACUCGGGUGAGCAAAGGGUCAUAUAGGUUAAUGAUAGGAGAUCGCUUGCUUAGAAAUGUUGUCUCUGCUAUCGAUUACUAUAAAUUUCGAAACUGAAAGAGCCUGACUAAUUGAUUUUUGUUUUCUGUAAAGCGCACUACCUUUGAAAACAAAGUAGGAACUUUAGGGUGGAAUUCCACAUCACUAGAAGCGAAGUCCAAAACCAUCUAAAUUAUAAUCGUUUUCGUGUAUUUUUAUAAUACGAAUUUUUGCAAACAAAAGUAAUAACCGUAAGGUUUAAAGCUACGAAAGCAGAAACGUUUAUAACAACCGCGAUAACCGUUAGAUACUUGGACUAGCUAAAUGUUAAAACAUUCUGUAGCACAGAAUUAAGUUUCUAUCUGACACCACUAAAUCGUUGUCUCUAGUUUCGCUGGAUUAUUGUCUGCCGUCCUCUCAAAGCCGCGCUAAUUUCAAAAGUGAAUUGCCUGCGUACCCAGUCAGCAGCUUAGAUAGGGUACUGAUGACCGCUGGGUGGCCAUUUAACUCGAAAAUUAGUUUGCCUCCCUCGCGAGGGAGUUAAUUUCCACUUGAUUUUUUCGACCUCAAUGUGGUUUCGUUAAACACACCACAGUCAGGUUGUUCUUCCUUCCUUGAAGGUAAUGACUUAUGAUCUCUAAAACAGGGUUAGAUCAAUGAGUCAGCUGAUUAAACAUUCGUUCGAAAUCCUUGUCUCUGCUGCGUUUCUCUUUGUCCUAGAAUUGCCUUCAUCUAGAGUUUUUACUCCUCAGGCGCAUACUUUAUUACAUUUUUACGCAUUUUGUUUUACAAAUCUGGCCUCUUCCUGGGCCCCAUGAAGUGUACUGAAGUUAUUUAAAAAUACUACUGAAGUUUUCGACUGGUUUCCCAGCGCGCUUUUGUCGGCACAAUUAAAGUGUAGUAGAUGGAUUGCGUGGGACAUAAUACAAGAGCGAUAGUUUUUCCGGUCAUAAUCCAUGGCGCCGAAACGCUGGCCAGGACUUAUUGCCAUUGCCGCUAGUGAACCGUCGAGAGGUCUACAGACAGGCUUGGUAAAUCCACUUAUUUAAGUAAGAGCAUUUUGAACGUCGUGUGGUUUUUUCUGUAGCCGUCAUACGCUAGUCUGGUGCAUAAAAUCCUUCGAAGAACUGUGCAAAGGUCGAUACUACCAAUCUGUCCAGGCUUAAGUUCCGGCGCCAUGUAGUAGGAUACUAAACACGCCACGUUGGUGCUAAGUCCUAGAUUAUUUGCCCAUUCUGUUUUUAUUACGGCGAAAAAAGUGCAUUAGAAAACUAGCUAGAAACUGCAAAAACCUUUUCAAAAUCAUCUGUUCACUGUGCGGGAUUUCAAAACACGGUUAACAUGCAUCGAUGUAAGCGGGUGAUCAUUCCAAAUUAAAUACUUCUGUAAAUAAAACUUUGUAGACCGUAACGAGACCGAAGAAUAAAAAUUGAAAACAGGGAGUUGUUAAUUAGAUGUGAAUACCCACAAAACUGCAUACUAUCUUCAAGUAAUACCUCCGUAUUUGUGAUAUGGAAGUCGUAUCACUUGCUAAAGUAUGUGCACAUAUAAAAUUGUGCGUUAAAAAUGCAUGUCUUCGAUAAUAUUUACCUUCCAAACCUCCAGCAGAACCGCGUUCAUGGAGAAAUUUUAAAUUAUAUCUCACACCCUCCGUAACUGUAAAGUCGUAUCCAUUUCAGGAAAACAUCGGUAAGGUUUCCCUUAUAACGCGCGUGGAUUCUGUUUGAGUACACUACAUGACAAACCGUUAAUUACUCCAUAUGGGGAGUAAGAAAAAGCAAUCUUGCACCCCGAGACGAACGUCCGCUUUGAUACAAUCUGUGGUAUAAUUUGUAGCGUUUUCUGAACAGAAGCAUUAAGGAACUUAUGAGUGACAAUCUAAUCUAUAUGGCGUAUGCGGAGUUCAUUUGUUUAUUCACUCGCGUCGGUGAAUACUUUGUUGCAUUCAAUCUAGUUCAGCAUACUAAACAGAUACCUCGAUUUAUAUGCCGACUAUAAAAAUCCAAUUACUGUGCCUGUCGGGAAACAAAAGGUCUUUGAAAAGAAUGCAGUAUUUAAUAAAAAGUGCGAUUUUUCUAGCUACAACUGCAAAAUGAUGCUCUUCAGAACUUAUCGCAUAUUUAUUAUCAUCGAAACCCCUGUUCGCGAUACGAAUUUGUAUUUUAGCAUAAGAUGGCAAUAUGUGUUUUGCCAAACUUAAGGAAAUGUGCAAUGACGGCGUUGAAAUAUGACUAACCUUAUAUUGUGUGGAACUUAACAGCGGGCUAUAAACUCAAUGAACCUAAGGACUGUUUUAAAACAGUCUUCUAACUUGAACCAGUCUGCUCACAUGAAAAGAUAUAUUAUCACCCUGAUUUGAAUAAAUUAUGCCAGUUUAUGAUUUCUAUAAUUUAAGCAUCGUCUAUGCGAGACGCCUGAAAGACGCCACAGGCACAUGCUGGCAGUUGUUAAGGAUUAUUUUUGCCAUAUCCCUGAAAUAAUGAGGUAUGGAUGACCCCGGGUUAAAACUGAAGUUAACUCUUUUUAGAGUGCAAUUAGUUGAAACUAUGGCAACCUUACUUAGUUACAUCAAGCAAACUAUAUAUUAAAAGCCUUAGAGUUGAUAUCACAACUUACUUGCAAAGCAUCUUUAGAUUUCGAAAAUUGUAAGUAAAUGGAAUAAAUUACAUGGUUUUACAUUAGCUACAUUAGACAUGACACAUAGAAUGCCAUCAUAGUUUAUAACAGGAUAAAAUGAGACUUAUUAAUAUUGAUCCGAAUAACAUCGUGCGACCAACCAGAUAUACCUCAUGCAACAGCCGUUUUAACUGUAGGAUAUGAUGUUUUCUCCACUCAGACCAAGGUGCAGGUGCUCUGUCAUGUGGACUCGCUUCAACGGUGACAACGGCCGCCUUAGUUGCAAAGUCGCGUUCCGGAGCUAUGAUGUCAACGCUGAACAACAACACUCUACCAGGAAGAGUAGGAUCCUCGAGUGAACCGCCGCUGCCAGAAAAACCAAGAAUAAAUCUGCAACCUUCAGCUCGUCGGGCCUCUUCGCCAUACCCCACACCUGCAAAAGCGCGUAAUUUGACGCGCAAGCGGUUCUGUUCUUUUCGACAUGCGGCCAACAACUCGAUCUCCCAUUUUCGCCGGGGUUCGCCAUCAAGCACAACACAGAACGCGGACUCGACUGCGGAGACUCCAGUUGCCUCGGAGGAAAAUAACUUUAGCACAUUUUUCGGAGACGGAAACAGUAGAAGCCCUAACGGUGCCGGCCCUAUGAACAUGGCCAGUUCAGCCGUAUCGACAGCGGUAGAUGUCGAAGUGGGAAAAAAUUCAGAUAAUUGGCCUAAAACAUCCCUUCCAUCUGCUAAUCAGUUUGCGGAGACUGGACGUGCCUCCACCUCUUCCUCCGGAACCUCAGAUAGCGAAUCAACGACCGUCUAUAAGUAUCAGCGCAGACGGAGCCGAGCUGUACUUUAUCAUCUCUCCGGUCGGUUCGACAAAAGUAACAAGCAAAAAAUGCAUUUUAAGCGGGUAUGUAUGUUUUGGUAAUGGAGGACCUCGUGCUUCAUGAGCGCAUAAAUAAAUUAUAAACUAUUGUGCAUUUUAACUAGAAAAACUAACUAAAACCGUUCGCCAGAGGGCUUUUUCACAUUUAUGUACCUUUGACUCAUGAAGAAUGACCUUUGGCAUUUGCUCACUUAUUUUCUUAAAAAAAGCCCGGAAUAUGGAUGAAUAGCAAACAAUUUACAAAACAGAGCACCCGCAUUUUAGUGUAGCUGGGCACCGACUGUUUACUAUUCAGUAAAAUAGGUUAAGAUUUUUAAGUAGUUGUGGAAACUGUAUUUGAAGUAAUUUAAAAUGCGAAAAAUACGGACUCACAAGAUCAAAUAACAUGUUUUUAGGAUAAAUGUUCAAUUGUAAGUUGGAUUUCCAGGCACACCAGAGAAACAACUUCUGACCUAAAGCGAGACAAGAAAAAAUAAAUUUGCGGUCCCUGCAGAAGAUGAAAUUUUCGAUGGUCUUUUUUCAGGCGUUUCAACAAAUUAAACGUUAUUGAACAACAUAUUUCCGGUUUGAGACAUUGACUAAACAUCCCACUUCGCAUGCUGUCUCGCCUAUUACCAAGGCGUUUUGCUGCAGACUGCUUACACAAAUGUUUUAACUACGUAAAUUAGGCUAACCGAUGUGUUUCUUUUAACCUGAGUAUUCAGUCAUGCCCGGCAGACCUACUUGCUCUUAACACUCUACAAUCAGCUUUUCAAAAACUGAGAAAGCCUACCUCUGCUGUCCUUGUGCCGUGCUCUACAUACUUUGUACGUCAGACUUAUGGACGUGAAACUCCCGUAGGGAAACCAUAAGGAAUGAUUUAUUUAACAUUUUUUAAACGACUUUGAUGUUAUCUGUGCACAAAAUACCAUUUAGUACGUUAUAUGAUGUCGACUGGUCGUCUAAAUUUUGGGAAGAUAUAUAGACAGUGUUCUUAGCCUCAGCAAAUAUCUUUCCUCUGCGUAUUCCGUAAGCCCCAUUUAGUCGGUAAAAAUCUGUCAGCUAAUUAAGUGGUAGGAAAUAGUAAGCAACAAAGGAAAAAUAUAAUUAUAAAAUGAGCGAAUUAUUGCAUUUUUUGUCAGGACUCUUUGUUUAUAAAAGGGGACACAUGUUUUAUUGGGAUGGUACAAUGGUUUCCCCCGUAGGACGAAGUUCACUCGCGCGAUGUCUUUUACCUUGCUGGGCUGAAACCAACCCGUAUACUGUAAAUGAGGGGACUCGCCAAGUGAUUAACAGGACUACAUGAUAGUGUACGAAAUACUUCUCGAUUCGAAAUUCGCAUUUUGUAAAAUUUAAAUAAUUGAUGACCACCAAAUCAAACUUCAUUUAUAGGUUGGCUUCUCAAAGAUGAAGUUAACAUCGUGCCGUCUUAGUCCCCAUGACCAGGAUGGAUAUAUAAAAUACAUGCAUUGGUUUUACCAACACCAAUAAUAAAAGUAAACAAUCAGGCAGGACAACCUUCGCAACGUAUGCUCAUAGGUUUGGAUAACAGAUAGAAAAUAUAACUAAAAGUGUCAAAGGAAAUUGCGAAUGCUUGUUUUUUGUAAUUUAAAACAGUAAAAUAUGCAUUCCAUCAAAUAUUGAGGAAUGCAUGUUUGGACAAAGGGGAAAAUUAUCCUUUUUCGUUCAGUCAUGAGCUUACGAUAUGAAACUACAUAUUAAAUAGCACUGAACCUCGAAUCAUAUUAGUAUUCGAGCGCGCCAAUUCGUACUUACCAAUUCUUCACAAGACAUUUGUGCUCUUCUCCUCUCACCAAUCUCAUUAGUUAAGUAUUUCAAACAUCGUUUUGGUGUGAAGAAUGUAUUUAGCGGUUGCCUAAGUUCUGUACCAGGCCAUGAAAGCACUUUCAGUUCAGUGGCCCUUGUUGCCUUAGUCAGCACUACAGAAAGUCAGUUUUUGUCUGUUGCAAUAGUCGAAAAUUUUGACUAUUACGGCUGGUUUGGAUAGUAGGGGAGUAAAUGAAAUGAAUAAAUUAAAAAUCAAGCAUGGCCUCAAUGGAAAAAUUCUGGCCCAGAUAUUUGAAAUAAAAAUGCUUAUAAUCUAUUAGUUUUCUUCAGUUUGAGGAUAACAUCAAGUAUUAAACGAAGCCGAAAAUCAAUGGUCCUUCGUCUUUCGGCCAGCAAACUACAGCGCUAUUCCUUUUCCCUCAAAGACAGGUACUCGUAAGCAAAUUAGGAACUUACAAUUAAUCUCUACAUUUCACAUAAAGUUACUACAUGUAGGCCGUCACAGCAGGUUUACACGAUUAUUAAGUGCCGCUCCUUGUUUUCUUAAAAUGUACCUUGUAACUAAGAAUGUUUUCCCGAGACUAUUUAUAUUUUCUAAAUAUCCUUUAUAAAAAGAAUUACUCAAGAACGUAAUGUCAACUUCACUGGGUGCAUGUCAGUCUAUGUAAAUCUGUCGGAUUGAUUAGAGCUAUCACAAGAUGUUAAAUUUGUUAAAAUUGCCGUUGAGGAAGGGCGAUACGCGGAGUAAUAUUUAUAUCCAAAGUAGCAGAAUCCUACUAGUGGAUAAAAAUAGAAACAAAGUUUGCCUACGUUGCCUUCUUCGAUUUUUCGCCAAACAAUUUAGCUCAUAUAGCAGUAACGAUCACUUUUCGCGUCAGGUGAAAUCUACAAUCAUGAAAAUGUCCCGGAAGAUUUACUAUAAAUUCUAAUUUUCUAUACAAAUGCAGUGUCUUAGUGGGCAAAGGAAAUUUAUCGAGUAUUGGUGAUGUUCACAUUUGUCGUCGCUGGGCAGUGACACAUUCGCUGUCUUCCAUCACCGUCUUUGACGUUGGAGUUUGCUCAUGUCUUUUUGUAACUUUUUACAAGGGUUUGUAAGUUCGGCCUGAUACUCAGUCGGUGCCCGUGUUUGAUCGCCAUUCUUCUUUCUCACUUAAACAUGCGACUCGAAUUAGAAAAUGGUCUUUCGUUCAUAACAAACAUAUGCAUUCAGCUCAUAGAGUAAAGCAAAUUGCAAUCCCUUUCAAAUUCCUGCUUACGCGCCAAAUUUACCGCCUUUCUUCGAUCAGCUCCCUCAACUGUCAACAAAGAAUUCCAUGCCGGAGUACAAAGUGCAGGAUAUCAAAGCGUCAAAGUGCAUCAUACUGCACUAUAGCAUUUUCAAGAUUGUGUGGGACUGGCUGAUAGUUCUUUGUACAUUCUACUUUGCUGUCGUCGUUCCAUUCAAUGCAGCAUUUCAACGCGACAACCACGAACGCACUUUGCGCAACCUCGAUAUGGUCCUCGAGGUUCUUUUUAUUGUGGGUAAGUUUCUUUGGCGUUUUAUAUCACUUCAGCUACCUGAAAUUGAGACAAUUUGGCAAUAGGAAAAGUAUUCCAGCAUUGGGCGUCGUUGCGCCUAUUCCUUUUCUUUUCUCCGUUCAUUUAUACGACCAGCUUCCAGGCGUUCUUUCCGAAAUACGAUUUAUCUCCGGUACUGGAUGAUAAUACAAGUUCAAAGUUAGAUAUCGCAUGAACCUCUUUCUGACUGAUCUUGUUGCUGAAUAAGUAUCCCUCCAAUUGCAGGGCCACUGCAUUUACGGCAGUGAGCAUCUAAAGUUUCAAGUUCCAAAUCGCAAUCCAAUAAAUCCAUAUUACAGCUUGAAAUAUACUGUCAAUAACAUGAGAAGUGAUCGUAGCCAAUCUCACUUAAGGCCAUGUUCUUAGAUCAACUUUAGCUGCGCACGAUAAGUCCGAGAUAUGUGAGUACUAAUUUAUUCUGUAAAAAAGCAGGUUGCUGGUGAGUUGACAGUUUGGUUGUGCGCCUAUUCGAUGGCGCGCGAGUAGCGGUGUAUUGUUUUCGCCUGUCCAACCUGUCCCCGUGCGCGUGUAAAAUUGAUUGACUCUGUGAGACGUGUGAUGGAUUGACCUGCGGGUUAAGUUAGCGAAUGCGUGACUACGAGGCCCCAGGGCUCAAUGUUGCAGGUCCUACUUGAGUGACGGUCGUGCGUGAGGGUAAAGCCUGCAGGCUACCUUGGUUGUCGAUGCCAUCAACGUACUCCGAAAACGGGGGUAUGGGAGCGGCUUCCACGAAGCAAGCACAACCAGCGCCCAUAAACCGGAAAUUUUAACACCUAAAAGCGUGCGUGGCCAAGCUCAACAACUUCCGAAUGGCAUAUUAGUCUUUGACCAUACUUCUUAAAGGAUAUCUUCGUAUUUCCUCUAUGCGCUAAACUUAACUCACUAGUACUAAAAAUUCACAAAGGUUCUCCACAUAAGAUUACCAGUACAAACGUUAGUCGCGAUCGUCGACUUUCUUCUUUUUGCCUAAACUUAAAAGUAUUCGUAGUAAGACCGAGGGGAGACUUAUACCUGUCUUCUGGUUUCUCAGGUGAACAUCUUGACUACCCCUGAUUACUUGCUCUAAUAUCCUCUGUAUUCUUGUGUUAUAAGGCGCAUUAGUAGCAUGGAUAUAGUCCUCUACACUUCAAGCCACAAAGCCGAUUCUACAUGCGGCACGGAUCUUCGCCCUGCUUUCGUUUGCGUAAUCCUGUCUUUCUUGACUGUUCCGAGCGUCUUUUGCCAAGUAAUGGGUCAAGGUCAUGGAGCCAGCAAGCGGGGGCUGACCGAGCCGCUAACUGACAAGUUGGCCUCUUGCAGUUGCUUCAAAAUGUGUCUAGCAUUCUUGAAGAAGGAGCCACGAUCGCUGGGACAAGAGCAGCCAAUGAAGCUCUUGUCCCAGCGAUCGUGUCUCCUUUUUCAAGACCGCUUCCUGGGACUCGUCUUUUCGCUUUUAUUGACAAUGCGUCCAGCACCUCCGUCCACGCGCCUCGUCAGCGUGGCUUAUUUUGCCACCCUGGACGUCUGGACUUAACUUGUAGACCACAGACGUCUGCUGGUGACUGUGCCGUAGUAGAGUUUAUCUUAAUUAAAGUCGGACUAUAAAGACAUCUUUCGGAUUUGUCAGCUGUCGGCGGCGUGCCAAGUCCUGUCCUGUGAGAAACGCGUAUGCAGAUUUCUGUAAGGUAUAUUAUCUUUCGCCACUUCAGUUCUCUCAUGAUAUUUGGCCACUCCCAACGAAUGCUUUUGGACUAGAGGUCACUGCAAAGAGUUUGAGAUGUCUGACUUUGUCUUAUAUAGAGGUGGGUUUGCUGACGUGAACAUCCACUUUGUAGGCCGGCAUGCGGAUAGUUCCGAUUCUUUUUUAUUUAGUAGCUGCUAUUGUAAUGAAACUGAUCCUGGAGAUCAUGCUUUGCAUUAAGACAGUUAACAAGAAACAUAUGAAGUCUGACGCAUUUGAGUUCUCCAAGCUGGGUCAGAAGUUUUGAUUGUUAUUCAACCUAGUUAGGCUCUAGCGAUUUCUUUUUACUGUUGCAUGUGUGCCAGCUCCUCCUUCAGGAAAGAUUAAUCACGCUUAAUUAGUUCCAGUACAUGCGGAACUAGGAAUCAAGUCGUGUGUGUCACGGGUAAACGAGCUGACUAGCUUUGACGAGAAAUGCGUUCUGGUCGAUGUCCAAUUAAUAUGACUUAAUAUUUCUUUGGGAACAGAGUCGACGCGAGAUGAAUGAAAGGGCAGACACGAAUCUGGUCUGGUUCCCUACACAAUAAAUUCCAGUCGAAAUUGACUUCACCUCACGCGGUUGAAAUACCAGCUGCUCUAGCGGGGUGUUGGCAGCGUGUAGGCUACGCGUCCGUUUCAUGGCGUUUUUAAUCGGCCGUUAGGUUGGUUGCAGACGAGAAAAUUAAAGAAUGAGGUAUGGUUCCCCAUGUCAUACGUCACCGGUAUCGUAUAUCUAAACUCACCGGGCUCGCUUGUCCUUAACAGUAAUCGAUCUUCUUCUAGUCAGUAACGAAAAUGCCGUCAUCAGCAUACCAAGUCUGAAAAUGCAAUUUGUACGCCACGAAACCUUCCUCGUGAUUUUCGAAGAUGCCCUCAAAAAAAAGCCCAUAGUCUGAAGGGUAGUCCAAUUUCCAUAAAAUGUAAAGCGGGACGCGGAUUUUCAUGUCAAAUGAGUGAGUCUCAAGAACAAACGCCGCAUCAAGAGGGGGAUCACUGCUCACCAGGCACUUAAAAGCCAAAUUUACAGGUAUUACGCACAACUUUCAUGUGCCACGAUUGCCCUGUCUGGUCUAUUCGGGACAGGAGUUUGUUUCUUUGCUUGAAAAUAUGCGUUCAUGCUAUCCAAAUGCCAUUUGAAUGAUAACUAUCCCAACAUUUGAUGCUAUCCGCGCCUUUGCGACCCAUCAUCCUUUCAAAAAUUUGGUCAAAUCAUUUGUUUGAAAAUUCGCUGAGCGACCUUCUUAGGAAAUCACCAAGUCCAUUUCUCCAGGCUCCUGCUGGCUUUUGAAAUCUGUCUAACGCACAUGCAAAUUCCUUGAAAUUAGCAUACUACACUACAUAAAAACUUUUCGAAGUAUUUCCUUCGAAGAGCGCAAAAACCACAACAUCCGUCCGAUUUUGACGCCCUGGUUAAAAGACUUCGUGUCCAUGACUUAACUUGCUAGUCCGUAGAUGUAGCAAACAGCCAACAUGUGCCUGAGUGACAAAAAGCCUUGCAGGGCCAAAGUUUAACAAUAUAUACUUGCCUCUGACCUACUUGCAUCCUAACUUCUAGGUGGCGCUGUAGGGCGGUUAACUUGUACUAAGAUGUUGCUAACAAAAUUCGGCGUCCUGCAAAGCCCAGCUCCUGCCUGAAAAAAUUACCCUCUUCUUUGUUUGCACCAGCAGACAAAUUUGCCCUAUUGGAAAUUUACUCUAACUUUCGUCAGAUGUAUCGUUGCAUUGCAUUUGUAUUGCAUCACUGUCGUUCUGACCAAUAUAAUGCGUCUCAGAAAAUUACCGGGUGCUAUUGUACGGUUAAAUGUGUGAAUAGUUGGCCGAUUUGAUGUUCGACAUUGUGCUGCUUUCAAACGGAAUCAAAAACCCAUGAAAAAUAAAAUUCCCUUCCUCCCCACUUUUUAACUAACAUCGGCUGUGCACGUUUGUGGAAGCCUAGCGCUUUCUAAUAUCAAUGGAAGUUUUACAUGAUGACAUAUAGAAAGUAAGCUCCAUCAGGGAAAUAGACAUUUCUGAAACCCGCGAAUAUGUUGAAAGGUAGCUUAAUCCUCCCGCCGAAAACAUUUCCCAAAUUCGUGCCAUUUUAAAAGUAAUUUUUGGUAAAAUAUUCAACUAGAAACUACAAAGAAAGACAGGGAACAUUACUGCAGUAUGUGAGUUAACUCAAAAAAUGUCACGUUUAAACAGAAAAAAAUGCCUGUAACGCAAAAUCCAGCCAAACUGGAUUCCCCAAAGUCUUUCGGCAGUAAAAAUUGACUGUUCUUAAAAGGUAGGUAUACUUUGGCCUUUAAUUAAUAUUUGAUGAUGUAAAAAUAAAUUAUUUUGACUGAAAGCUAGGUGUUUAAGUCGCUUAAAUAGGUUUUUCUAUAAGAGUGCAUAGUGUAGCUAGCGAUGACAUGCAGCAGAAGAAAGGUUUAAUAGAAAAUAAGAAAUGUUAUACUCUCUCUAAGAUUAGAGUUUCUAUACCCAAGUAUCCAGGAAAGCGUAUUAAGGUCAUUUUCUACGUCGUGUCUCGGAAAUGACACCUGCAUGAUUAACAUAUCAGUACACGCAUUUUGCUUUUUGACAUACUGAUUAGUCACUAGACAUUACUUAUAAAUUUGUCUUUAAAUGGCAGUUUGUUACUUUAUAAGCUGACGAAUCCAUAUACUAGCAGAACAUUUAUAUAACUAAAGACUACGCGAUGAUACUUUUGAAGAGGACCAAACCACACUCCUUUCUAUGGGCCUUAUAGCCGAAAAAGCCUUAUAUUCGAAUGCACAAAGCUUAUUUAUUAAAAUACUUUUGUUUUUCGAGGGAGAUGAAAGAUCCGUUUUCUUCGAAAAGGGAUUACUUUCUAGAUCUCGCAUAUCCCUUUCAUAAGUAAUCAAUAAACAUACCAAUUCACUGCACACUGACGAUCAUAAUACAUUCGUUCCUUCGUUCCGAUAUUCAUUUCGGUUUUUGGUCGAGAGUUAUACGUUGAGCAAACUCCUUGAAUAAGCAUUCUGUAGAUUUUUGAAGCUGUGUAUACAAUCCAUGCAAUUCGUGUCUCCUAAUGAUGCGAGCUGAGGGCAAGUGAAUUACCGAACAAUCAAAACUUCAUUCUCCCUUAAGCUAAUCUCAUAAAUAUCAAAAUGUUGAACAGCAAAUUAAUGCCACUGAUAAGCUCAAAAUUGUGAACAGUCUAGUUAUAUUCUCGGCCUUAUACAUUGUAACUCCAUCGGCCUUCAACGCGUCUAGUUAUUUUAAUAUUCUCUUUGGAUUGAAAUCUCCGCCUGGUUCUGGUACAUAAGAUAAUCUUGUUAUGCUCAUCUGAUCGUUUCGUCUUCCGGAGAGCAGGUUCAAAGUAGUUUUUGCCUACUCGUUUAUAGCAUAUCACGUAAAGCUCAACUGUGUGAGAAUGCUCUUAAUUUGAGAUACUUCAGUACCCAUUACCAUGAUUUGAGGACAUAUAUAUCUGCAUUUCCAUCAAAUUAGUAGGGUACGAAAACAUUUCAAUGCGCGUAAUUUUUAAUACAGGAUACAUACGUAAGUUGAUAGUCUGUCCAGAUUUACUCACAGUUACACCUUGAUAUUGCUAAGCAAAUCCUCGAGCUGCUUAAAAAUCCGGAGGUUCUACCUCCAGUCUUCUAAAACUAAGCAAGUAAUUGAUAAUCUAAUCGACCUUUCCAACUGCCAACUUCCAGGUUUAUAUGGAAUGCAGUAUAUCAAAAUAGUUUACUCAGGUCAGCUUUCUAUAUCUCAGUCAGCUGCCUAAACUGAGGAAAGCAGGUCGCGCUAAGACAAAAUAAACGAUUAUUUUGACAUCGUUAGAAAUGGUUUCAAACCUCAAAAUGUACGCCCCUUGGCAGGUGCCAGUCGGUAAAACUUGAAACUGACGCCUGACUUGGGAAAAUGUUUCCAAGUAUGUAGUCAUAUUGCACUGCGAAAAAGACGUGCAGUAAACGCAAGCAAGACAUAUUUUUGCUUUCUGAAACUUAAUAUAUCGUGCUUGUCGUAGUCUUAAUCCACGGAAGCUCAUUUUCUGUGUACUUUAUUAUAAUUAUAGAUAUACUUCUCAAUUUUCGGACAACUUUCGUGAGCAAAAGUGGCCAGGUAGUACAUCAAUCAAAGGCAAUUGCAAUUAAUUACAUCCGGGGUUGGUUCAUCCUGGAUCUCAUAGCAGCCGUGCCGUUCGACGUGGUGUGGACGAUACAGAGCCCAGAGUCCCCAGUCGUAAGUUUGAAUCCAAAAUUUAUAAAUAAAUGUGCGACUGUUUGAGCACCUGUAUUUGUCUUGUCCGAUAGGGAUGUGAAUCAGAAACUAUGUGUUUAGUUAGAGCAUAUGUAGUUAGAUUUAGAUCUUUCAACGGGCUACAGUAAAUCUAUCACUUUAACAAGAAUGUCGUCUGAGUGAAACUGAUUGCAUAUUACUUGUUCGGACAGAUCUACAAAAUAUAUGUUAAACGGAAAACUUCAAUAAGGUUUUUGUGAAGACGGUUGAAUAUAGCAACAAAAAGUAAAUGGCCAUUCUGAACAGAAUCAUUCUAGUGAAUUUUGCAGGAAAAGAUGAAGAAAGUUAUAAUUACAGCAUAGAUGUAGAUGUGAUGGUGCGCGUUGACCUAGGUUUACUAUUCGAACUGGAACUGGGAAGGCUAAAUUCCAAACUUCCCUUGCAAACUGCUAAAAUCUUAUUAGAAAAUGCGUUACGUACUUUAAAAUAUAUUUACCAGCUUUAACUGAGCAGUGCAGCAUAAGAAGUCGACAAAACAGCAAAUAUUAUGUGGACGGCAUGAAACCUCAGCCUAUCCCUGCCUAUCCAUACAUUCUUUGGGGUUUUUAAAAUGUAUUAGUUAUCAGGAAUUUUGCCAGACAAUUUCUGUCACUCUAGUUGAUUUAUGCCCGCAUAACAAUUUCCCUCAAGUUGUUUGCCAUCAAUAAUAUAUUUGACAUUCUAAAGGCAGUCCACAAUGCAGGAAACGGUCAUCCAUGAACGUUCAAGUAGAUGAGGUCACAGAAAUUAUAUAAUAUAAGUUAGUUUUUAAAUUGCGCGUGAUACUUUAGUAUUUCGUGGCAAGCGGAUUUUCAAACGGUCCACGAAAAUGAACCUACUGGUUUUUUCACAUUCAUACCGACAUCUGACACCCGCGAUGAAAAACAGUAACGUCAAAUUUCAAAUCAUCAAAUUAAAACCAGCGACAGACGUCGCGAACCUGCACCGAUACAUAUUGGUUGAGUAGAGACGCCAAUGUCAAAUUCGCAAAACUUUCGGCUAAUAUUAUUUUUACCUAGUUGUUUAUUUCACUACAAGUGUAAAGUAAUGUGGGAGGUGAUUUGGGACUCUUCUGUAUAUUUUGCAGGACUUAUUUGUAUUGAUGCGGGCUUAAUUUUACUCUUCAUCCGAAAUACACUGUAUAAUGACAAGGAAAAUUAAAUUCCGGAGAAUUAAAAGACACUACCGUGAUAACCAAACCUUAGUGGUUUUCAAACGUCGAGUUUAUCUGCACAUGGCGGAUUCGAGUAAGUGUGCAAACGGAAACCUAGUCCUCCAAAUGAAGAUUCGGCACUUCUUAAAUAUUCGUAUCCUCUCACCCAACACAGAUAUCCACGAAUAGUGUCGGUUUUAAGACAUCGCAUGUAUUAAAAAGACAUUAAGGAUAUUCACACCGCUUAAAUCAUUUUGGGUAACACUGGCCCCAUUUUCUUUGGCCUUUUCAUUGCGUGGAGAUUCAAGAAUUUAGCUGAUUUUAGAUUUUAGGCGGCUUUAUCUGAGCAUAAUAAAGUCGCUUCUUUUGACGCCAAAAAUACGUAACGCACUUCUCAUUGCCGACAUAGCGUUACGUAGAGCUCUCUGAAGACCAUGCCAAAGACUUCCUGUUUCCUCUGCUCCAUCUUAUGUCAUAGGGAUGUUUUACAGAAUAUGGAAGCACUUACUCUUACAAAUGUGGCCAUUACCUAGGCGCAAUGACUUCGUAGUGGCUGAAAUCUUGCCAUUUCGUUCAAUGGCGACGAAGCAUGUGCAUAACACUGAGAUCUCCUUGAUUGACCGGUUUGGCUCCCCACCCGAGUUGGGAUUGACUCUCUCUCAAAAUUCACCCACCCAAAUUACGUUACCUGGGUUUCGUAAAAGUCACUUUCCGGAAUUUGGUGUUUACUGAACCGAGAGUGAAUGGCGUGAAUGCUGACAAAAGAGUUAAUGAGGUCAUUAGGUCAAGUUGGUAAAUACUGGAAAAUUGAGGUCAGAAGACGUAAUUAAAGGUUUAAUUGGCCGCAAUAACUAAGUCAUGUUUUCUAAAUUCUAAAAUUAAGUAAACAACUUUACAAAACUAAGAGUUAGGCGCUUCUGUUCGACAGCAGUUUAGAAACGACGGUUUGUGAAUCUUCAAUAGGCCAAUUUAUCUUAUGAGUACUGUAUAAGUGCACUUCAGUCAGUGCUUUCCACUGAUUUAUAAAAAUCCUGAUUCUGGAUUUACUUAUCACCCUAUUCACUGGUUCCGUCGCUGUUACAGACUGCUAAUGGCAGAUAUGGGUUUCGUAAUCAAUUCAAUAUCGGGAUUGUUAACUGGUUCCUUAUUAGGAGGAAGAAUGGGGAAUUUUUCAAGUUUCCUUUUCUUUUUAACCCUAUCUGCAUCCAUUUUAGUCUGACUGGUGGGAGUAGUUUUGGCUUUAUCAAACUACAGCAGUUUAAUUGGUCUUUUCUCUCCAAAAGAAACAUGUGCUUACAAUAUCUAAACCACGGAGCCAGCCUCCGGAAUACGACCUCCGAGUAAUUUGGAAUUAGGGACCUCAUUUGCAUUUCUAUUUUAUGAAAAGAUAAAUAAAUAUUGCAUUUAAGGUGUUUAGCUGUUGCCUAAACCCGUAAAACCUGCCGCUCUGAUGCUUUACACAUUAAUGUAGUCAUAAAGAGGAGAACCAAAUGUCAAACGUAGGACUUGCAUCAUUUAAAUCAGUGAGUAUAAUUGCAUUCUCUUUGAUUUGCUGCACUCGAACUCACUGCGAACGUAUGCUUUGAGAGGGGGUAGAUUAGGGUCAUUCCAGUGUAGACUGGGAGCUUACCUUCCACUCUAAAAAUAAUGAUGGACUUUCAAACAUCAAGUCCAAUUAAAAAACGUACUUUGGAAUCCUUACUGGCGGCAGGGCUAACUCUACCCAUUUGGAGACUGAAGACUGAGGUGGGUCCUUUUUACUUGACCUUACUCACCACAUUUUUCAAUACUUUUGGAAACCUAGACUUUGAAAUUAAUAGGAAGCAAUAAAUGCUUGACAGCCCUGGGAGGUUGGCUAUGUUUGGUUACGUCCAUUCCCAUUUAUCUCGACUUUGUCUUGCGAAUGGCGAAGGAUAAGUCUUAGAAUCAAAAGUAGUGUCAAUACCGCAAAAUACGUCCUCACCGUAAAUAAUAUCUUACAAGACACACGUACGAUGUCGGAAUAAUGCUGCGCGUUCUCCAUCUCAGUGGACAGCCUACUGGUUACUUCUCGCUUGCAAAUCCGAUCAUCUGCAUGACUCCUGUAGGUCACUGAAUAUUGAACUUACUUCAAGCUGGCUGGUGACUGCUUAGCUCAACAAAAUCAUACUCAAAAAGGCAACCGGCAGUUGCCAUCUUUACUCGUUCGGCCACUGCUGGCAGCAGGGUCACCAAGUGGAUGACAUACACUUUGUCAGACAAGCCGAGUACUUCUGACUUCUGUUACUGUCAGUCUGUCCAAGGAUGUCCACUCCAGUGAAAGUGGAAUACUGUUUCCACUGUUGCGGCGAAUUUCCCUAAGUCACAUAUGCUUAUUGUGCUUCAAACGUCUCUCAUUAUGUCGAUUAUUGAUAAUAAGUGUUUUAACUUACAAAUAUUCACAUAGAAUUCAAACUACAGGGCAGGUUUUGUUGCCUAGUUUGCCGUUGAUAUUUUAUAACUGAUGCUACUCAAGUGGCUGCUACUAGGCUCAGUAUCUAACGAGAAUAUUAAAGUGAACAAUGUAAACAACCACCAACUUAUUUUUGUCAUCUUAAAUAUAAAAGGUGAGUUUCAAGGACCUAGCUGCGGAAAUUUUAAACGAUCACACAUUGUGGCCAAAGAGAUUACUAUCCAUGGCAAUUUUGACUUUAGCUUCAUUAAACAACAAGAUAUGGCCAGCCUCUUGGAGUCUCUCAGAUAAGCGUGGGUUAAACACACUAAUACCAGGAAUAAGGACUGAAUUAAGUUGACAAUCAGGUGGCUUUGAUGAGCUUUUCUUCAAUUUUAAUGACCGGAAGAAAAAGAUAGUAACUUUUUUAAUAUGCUUAAUUCAAGAACGAUCUCGGUACGCUGAACCAUACAGCACAGUUAUUAAUAUGGAUCUUUACAUUUGAGCUUAAAAUGUGUGAUUUAGAUGUACUGUCAGUCAGUAGAGCAAAAGUGAAAUAUGAACCCUAUGCGGGCCAACAAACGCAGGGGUUUGUCAGCUUUUAAAUGCAUAAUUAAAUCCAUAUAAAUAUACAAUUUACCACGUAAAACUCGACCGUCUCAGCGUCAUCUGGCAUAUUAUUUGGAAAGGCGAAAUGACUUUGUUCAUUUGAAGAAUAUCUGAUCGUAAAUUAAAGCAAUCUUCUCACAAAACGUUAUGAGCCGUUUGAAUAAUUCGCUCCUGCAUUCGCGUUAUGUUACGUCUUUAUCAAUUACGUGUUUUGCGUGGUAUGUGUCGAACACGCAAAUAUGAACCCCCUAGUAAAUGUGACCUCGUGCUUAGAUCCAGAGUCUCCUAGUCCCAUGUCUUAACUUUAAGCCUGACUCUCAUUAACCUAAUGCUGACCCUAACCUUAACCCUAACCUAAUUCCAACUCUAACCACCUCCUUGGGAUGUAAGCCAAAGUCACCUGUAAUACAGAGGGUGCAUAUUCUCAUUCCCACCAAUGGUGUGUUACAACAUAGGAAAUAGUCAGCAGUUAUCAUAUCGCAUUGCACGUCAGUGGUUUGAGGGUAUCUCAUAUUUUAGAUAAAGGAGUUAAAGAGCAAAAGUAUCCGUUUAUGUUUAAACAGAACGCCCAUGAUGCGCAACUGUGUUAGCUAAAAAAGAUAACCUCAAAGCUUUUCUCGGGCCAAUGUAAUGUCCUGUUCGUAUGGAUUUCAGAUCGAUAGGGGGUUGCUGCUAGGCCGCAAAACAUACACACAAAUGGAAGGGUACAGUUAGCUAAGAUAAAUGCUCUUUUAUCAAACUUAAUUUUAUAUGUGCUUAUUUAACUGAUUAAAAAAGCAUAUGGUGCUAAUAUGCACGAACUGAUAUGCCUAAAUAUUUGAAACAAUACAGGAGGACAUUUAGUAAUAAGUGUUCCGACAUAUUCCAGAAUUUUGGUCAAUAUCUCCAACGUUUGCACUUUAAGUAUAAGAGCGUGAACGGGCUAUUUUUGCAAUAUAUUUUGCGUUUUCUAAAGACAAACACGACUGGCGUUGCCUCUAGGCUACAUAUGAGACAAAAGUGUUUUCGACUGCCGCCUUGUGUGACCAGACGGUUCUGUUGUCUAAGGGGAAAGAAGUUCGGAUAGGGUAAGUUCUCUUGGACAGCGCACAGUACCUUCCAAGGGGCGGCCAAAACCUAACUGUUUUAAGCUUAUUAUAGACUCUGCCAGUACGUCCGCCAAAACUCGACAAAGAGCAAUGAGCUCGAUGAAAUCUCACAGGAAUCCUGUUCAAGUUCAUGAUUUGCUGUUUGAAAUUCAGCAUUGCGGGGUUACGGCUUCUUAGAAAUCAGUCGUUCUGUUCAACUGAAAGCAAGUAGGCUUCUACUCUGCUAUCACAAGAGGAGGGUUUGCAAAAUGAGCAAAAUAUAAAUAUCAUUACCGAUAAAUACCUCGUUUUAAUGUUUGGAUGUUUAUUUUGGUUGAGUGCGAUUACGAAAAGAAACAAGGCACGAAAAAACAGAUGUGGUUAAUGUACAUAUUGUAUUAUUGCGCCGCUAGACAGAAAAUAUCCAUAGCUUGCAGUUACACAACGUCAUAUACGGUCUCCGUAUGUUGAAAAAAACAGAAAUAAAUAGCGUCAGUCAAAACGCGACAUAUUUCAGAUGUUUUUAAUAGGGUGGAAUCUUGAAUAAUUUGUUGUAUUUGCAAACGUUCAAAAUCUUAACAAAUAUCAUUCGAACACUAAUACUCUCAUCUUGCACUACCGGAAAUGAUUUUUGAUAAGUUGUCACGUCACCCAUUAUGACGAUAUCGGGUUAAAAGAAAAUUUCUCGACUGUCUUGGUUAGUAAACUAACAGGGCUUGCCUUCUGGGAAAAAUCGGAUACUGCACAAUAUAAUGGGUUCAUGGUACUUCAUACAUGCUUAGGAUUUAUGCUAACUUUAAGGUCGAACACAGUCUAGUUCUGAAGAUGUUAAAGUACAGAAGUAACAUUUUUCUCCGUGCAGCAUUCAGUGGACGCAAAUUUGUGAGCUCUACGAACGCUAGGCAAAUUUUCAUUUUGCACAACUGUUCGCCAGUUUGCAAAAGUUCCACUGUUUCUUUUCCGGCCAGGCAACAGAAUUAGCAGUCAACCGGAAUUUAUGAGGAGCUCUAUAGACAGGAACAUAUAAUAAACUUCCCCAUUUCAACAUAAUGCCAAAACAGUGGAAAGCAACUUUCUUUGUAAGAACUGAAUUACAGGCUUAAAAAAAACCAAUUUCCGACACUGUCAAGUGUUCAGUACGACCUGCUUAUUACUAGUACCUUUUGAUCUGCUUCGAGGGCGUUCAGAGUAUAAAAGUGCAUUGGGCCUCGAAUAGCUAGCUUACAAUACUGACACCUUCCAGGAUAUGUAUCUUCUAAUUAUAUUGUUUUGUGAAACGUUGACAUUACUGAAUGUAAAAGCGAAGAUAGAAAAUAGGAUAGGUGUUUACCAACAUUACCAAAUUAGGCAUUAUUGAGUCGGAGGUUUCAGGAAAGUCCUUUUACUCUGACAUCAUAUCUGAAGAUCAAUGGAGUGUUUACCUGCCUAUUAGCAGCCAUGUUUUAUAACAAAUAAAACACAUCAGUAAAACAGGUUUUGUUUGCUCUGAAGCCUAGCUCAACGAGUCCAGGCGGAAUUCUAUUUUACUUGUUACUAAACCGCAGGAUAAUCCCCUUAAAGGUAGUUAGUAAAAAUGGCUAUGAUUCGUUGUGGAAAGCCGAAUACUUUUUAAAUGCUUUAACUGCAUUCAAUUUAAGCACUAAUACUGAAUAUUUGUAGGAAGCACAAUUAGCAAAAUUACACAAUUCUAUAGAACCGCAUGUUAUGCGUUUAAGGUCACGAGGGAAAACAAAAAAUGUGUUCGAUGUUUAGGGUGGCACGUGAGGAAGGUGCAAUAAAUAUUUCAAAUCUCCGAACAAUUUUAGAUGACAAACUUUGAAAAUUCUAGACUGAAUCAAUUUCAUUAGACCAUCGACUCAUAUGAUAACCGGUAUGUCAAAAUGUCGAUGAGUCUUAUAAGUCUUCAAAAAUGUUGUAAACGAAGCAAUCAAAAUUUCUUGCUAAAAAUAUAAGAACAUAGGAAAAGAGGACCAUAGAUCAACUUUUACAAACAGUAACGGGCAAAAAAUUUUCUUCUUCUCUCUCACCAGGGAAUUAGAUUAAUCGUGUAUUUACCGACGUUUGAUCGCAUUAAUGGCAAAAAAUAUUCUUAUUAUCUUUCUUUCCGCACAAAUAAAUAAAAUCCUGGCAAGGCUCAGUGCCAAUGGAGAAGUCAGCGACUGUCUUUUAUGGGAAAUUCACUGACUAAGCUGUGCUCAUUCUUAUGGUCUGCUGAAGGUGCAGAAAUCAAACAUGCAAUCUGGCAUUUGCCCUUACUACGUGGCACUUCCAUGCAUGAUUCGACAAAUUGUAUGUUUAAUCGUCUUUGGUUUCUGGCCAAGAGAACUCCAAAGUCAGUAGCUCCCGCUAAUCGAUUCCUUGCACAUAUAAACACCCUGAUCUGGAACGUGAUGGUUCGCAUCAUCGCCAUUUCUCAACACAUUACGAAUUAACUACUGCCCAAGCGCCAUUAGAAGAGUAACGUCUUUGAAAUCGGAAUAUCUCCUCGGACCCCUACAGUACGAAUCUAAAACCUAUUCCAAUUAUCACCGACAGAUGUAUGAAAAAAUUAACGUUACGCUUAUGGUCUCCCCCAAUCAGGCUUAACUGCUGAAGUGUUCAUUCAGCGGUUUGAACACUCGAUGAUCGCUAACUUGCAACUAAAGUUCUGCGCUUGUUAUGCCAACGGCACUUUUUAUUUGUCUAAACAACUCCCCUGGCGACUCUUAAGAAAUGGCUUAACUCGGUCGGGAGAAUAUCCGAUUUACGACGGAACCCCAAACAAACAACUAACUUUCUUGCGUUGACGGCCUUGUGUGCCGAUGUGCAGCUGAGAAGCUGCGACUUGCAGUAUUCAGAAAAACCACUAGGGCAAUACAUAUACUAAACUUUAACAGCAGUUCCCUAACCUCCACAGGUGUAGCUACGCACACGCUAUUACGACGAGUAGAAACACACUUCAGCACACCAGUCGACAAAAGGGCUGGACGGCUGUAUUUUCCUAAGCUCUUUAUGGCCAGUAGAUACUCGUGCUACUUUACCAAAAAAGCAGGCGCUGAUCGAACGGACAACAACCAAGGAAAUGGGAAUCCGUUCUCUGGAGGAUUAUUUCCUACAUAAAACGAUUCGUUGAGGCAGCCUCUUGACUGUUUAUACCAAUUAGAAUAUACGUGUUCAGUCGACCCUUCUGGUAGUUUUAUACGAACUAAGCACACACGGACACUUACAGAAAUCUUUGCAGGUGUCUACAAAAUAUUUUUAUGAUAGAAACAGCAAACACUCUGGAUCUCUGGACUAGACCUCCAUACUCGCCUACCAGAGCAAAAAACUGUGAGCUCUGAGGCUAGACCCAGACUUUCAGUUUACAAUGCAUACUGGAUAAACCGGUUCUGAGUUUCACCUUCUAGAAGCAACUAGCUCGAGCCAGGGCAAAUCAGGGGCAUAAUUAGUUACUUUUAAGAUGCAGUGCUCAAACACGAACGAAAUCAGCAGAUAUUUUGAUCGUCCAGUGCAAUUACAAAGGCAAGGAAAGGAGCGUGACGACCACGCUUUACUUAAAAAAUUAAGCAGUAUCUACCCAAACUCGCUAACAAGGGAAUAAAGAUGUCAUUAGCUCGAACAACUCUACAGAGGCUCAAAUUAUCUUUACUUAGUUUACAACUAAUAAUGUUAAAUAGUUACGAGCCAGCCAAACAUGCGCAAAUAGCUCAAGUCAGCCAAAAAUGACAAAAGUCGAUGCGCCUAUUGCCGACACGCUCGGCAUGUCAUUAGAAUUCUUGUUUGACGUUUUACACUUAAGAUCUUGGCGAUUUUGAGUUAAACAGGCUCUACAAAACAUCAGAAGCAUAAUGAAUUUUCUCCAGCCCGCUCUUUUAUCACUUCAAAUUUUCUUAUUUAGAUAACCCCGUACAGACUUUUUAUGGGUUCUGGUGAGAGGCAAAAACCCUCUUUGUUACUUAGUAAAUGUCUCAUUCAGCGCGAUAGUCAGGCCUUAUAUUAUGCACUCAGAACUUUUUUGGUAGAAAAGAGAAACGAACUUUCAAAUUCCAUAUCGGAUUCAUGCACGCACGCGUCAUGAAAUAUUUUUUGUUUCUCCUUCGGAACUAUAUAAGGAAGGAAAUAGUUUGAAAACAAUAAGAUAAUACGGAACUUAAAUAAGAAUUAAUAAACUGUUUUUGCAUGUCGCAUGCGAAAUUUCUGGCCAAUUUCUAGCUUGGUUAAGGCAUUUAAAGCCACUUUCGGACAUGAAUCGUGCACCGCAAUUCCUAAUAUUCCUAAUGUUUCGGUGAAGUUUGCUUUACGUUCCCUUUAGCAAAUCAUCUUACAUGAACUUUUUGUUACUAACCAGCUGUGUAAAUCUUCAUUCGCCCCUGUAAUUCAGUUAGUCAAAAUGCAAUAAGCACUUUUAGUCGACAGACAAAGACGUACGUUAUGAAUGAAUGCAAACAUAUAAAUCGCCAUUAAGCUACUCAAGGCAAUCCUACGCAAACAAGCUUCCAUUUUCGACGUUUUACUAAUAUCACCCUGCGCCUCACGAUAACGAGUAUACUGGGUAAUGCUUUCGCAGUGGUAGUUACAUAUAAUUUCAUGGCUGAAGGUCCCUUGUUGGUAUCUGCUAUCCGGAUACCAUAACGGAAGAAAUCUAGUAGCACACACAAAUCCAAAGCACUUCGUUAUGACAAUGACAAGGUAUCGUCGGAUUCACCAAUCAAAACAGACAGCUGACGAAUUUCAAACAUUGACGUCGUUUACUUAAAAAUAGAAAUAGAACAAAAUCCAAUAAACUUGCAUUAAGGUAGGACUUUAAUUAGGCUGUUUAUGAUUUACAAGGCGAACUUUGGGGUGUCAUAUAAUAGUCUUUAAGCAAGCAGAUAAAACUGACCUUCUGUCAUCUUUUUACCCGGGUUGCUGUAUCUUCCCCUACUUUCUGGCGUUUUCGACUAGCAGUUUUGAUGGCAUGCCGUUGAACAUUAAGGAGAUGUCACGGAACAGUAUUAUCUGGCUCUCAGUAAUGUGCACUCCUGCAGUAUAUGCGUGACCUUUGGAAUCUAGCUUACUAUGGUAUCCGAGCGAAGAACAAUAAACCCUAGGCAUAAUGUUAGCAUCAAUAUCGCCAAAGUAAAUUUCCAGAAGCGUGCACCUAACUGCUGAACCAAAAAUACGCAAAGCGCAAAUGAAAAACAAAUAUAACGUUUGCGCUUCCUGCUACCAAACAAGCAAAAACGGGCUUUGUACCGUGGUGCUAGCAAACAUGACGCAGACUGGUUAUUUCUACGUUGACCAAAUAUGCACGGUCCAAGUUGAAAUCAAAUGCUGAAUACUGAGCCAAGUUCUCAAAAUGAACAAUCUACUGGGUGCCGUUGUAUGGGUUCGCGGAAAUUCAAUGAUCGGUCGGUUUUCUUUUCAUAUUUUUAUAUAGAAAGGAAUCUGAAAGAAUGUACACACAUUAACAGUUUUGGCACUUCAUCAAGUUAUGAAUUUACAUAAAAUUACCCGUUUGUUUUUAAGUAAUCCUGGUAUAUUUUUGGUGCUACGAUCCAUUUCCAGCAACAGUAACUCUCGUGAUAAAUAGUAUACAUUUCGGCAGUGACAGAACGCACUUGUUUUUAAAAUAUGAUCGGAAAGUUAGCAGCAUAUGUUUGUCCUAAUGUUGACGGGGCUUUACCCACACCAAGUGCUUUAGAUGUACAAAAGUAUUCACGACUUUCCGAAAGAAAUGAAAAUAUGCAAUACCACACAACCACACGUUCCGAAUGCCCGAAACGCUGAAGAAAAUGAGUUUUUAUUCGGCAAGUGUCCAUUUUGGAAUUGUAUGUGUUGCUUUAGCCAUUCAUAAGUUUUGUUACAACGUCUUUUUCUAUAUUCUUCCUACUCCUCAGUCAUAAUACUAAAGAAGUUACCUGCAGCAAAAAGCUGAUUUCUUUUUUUAGGUUUUCUAUGUCACCACUUCUGAGAAAUGUGUAUUUAUAAAAACAACUCGAAGUAUUCGCAAAUCUCGUUUAACAAAGUUUAAGCUUUUUAUUUAAUGGUGAUUGUACACAGUUGUGUGAUGUUGUUGGUGCCAUUUUACGUAAUUUCCUACACUCUUUUUUCAUUGUAUUCCUUCACUAUGAAUGCUAAUUGAUACUCCAUAACUUCACCAACGGCCAUCAGAAUAACCAAUAACAUGGCUUUUUAUUUUUUACUUGGUAUUUGCUUAAAUUUUGAGACGGAAUUUCAUUGUCAUUAAGCAAUUUUAAUAAUUAGAAGGUCAGUAUUAAAUAUUUUUGAAUGCAUGGGACUAGCCUACCAUAAUUUCGACAGAGAUUCAUUGCUGACGUUUUGAACGAAAGUCUUGUAGAUUUCUUGCCCGCCUUAUCAGUUAACUGUUAACAAACGUUCUUAUCACUGCGUCUUCCGUAUGGUACGUUUUUAUCCCUUUGGUGGCCAGAUUAUAAAUUUCGAAUGGCUAACUCCAUCGUAAUUGUACCUGUUUCUUGACCCUGAGUUACGUGAUUUUGUGCCAAACAACUCUCACAUUUGAGAUAUUUGUUCGAAAACAGUCGGGACAACAUGAGAGAAAACUGCCCUAUAUGCAUAUGUGAUAGGUCUUAUAAGGAUGCUGUCGGAUAGAUUUGCGGUAAUGCAUAUGCAGUCAAUUCUCGCCCGCUUCGAGUUUUUAAUAAACCGCAAUUAUAAGAGAAUUAUGAUAAAAAUCUAAGUCUACGUAUUCUAUUCUCAAGCAUCGGAAAGAAUGCAUUUUGCUGAACGCCAUAUCAUCUUGUAGUUAAUCACAUCCUACACAUAUGCACGUACAGUAGGUAAGCUAUCUUAUGAAAUGUCAACCAAAAUUCCGAAGUGCGUUUUCAUUCCGAAAAGAUUGAUUAAAUAGGGUUGUAAAACUGAUGCUCAUGUAGCGCUAUAAUACGAUAAUUCAGUUACCUUAGGAUGCCGGUUUUUCAGAUAAACUUCGCUCGGGCUCCAUAUAGAAUUUUUACACUAUGAAAAAUGAUUACUAAAGUGGUAUGCAUUUGUCAUUGAUUUUCGAUGUCUUUUAACGUUCAAUUAUGUUUCAUGGAAAGAAUGCAUACAAAUAUCCAUCCUUCUACUCAUUCAGUAGAACAUUGCGUUUUCUUCCAAUUUUAUUCUCGAAGAAGGGCAUAAUUUGGUUUUCAAAACCUUCCCAAUUCCCAAAUAAUUUUGAAUCCGAUCUGCUGUUACACUUGGAUUCAGGACAUUCAGAUUACAAACCGUAUAUUUUCACUGUACGGAAAACCAUAUAUUCCCCUAUGGUAGUUAGAGUAAAUUAUAUGAGGUUUAUAAAAUUUAGCGAUGGAUUUGAGUUUUAUUGUUAACAUUAUGAGCUACAUUUGGAAAUGCGGAGACAUGACGCUUUAUAAACCGGCAUUUUACGGUACUAAAACAAUCUUACAAUUAGGAACUUUUUAUAAACCAAAUUAUAUUAUUUCUCGAAAUAUAAAAUUGGCCGAAGAUGUCACCUUCUAUCGCAUGAGCAGAAGGAUGGAUAUUUCUACGCAUGUUUUUCAUAAAAUAUAAUGAGAUGUUUAAGGGCAUCUAAAACCAACGAGAAGGAUAUAUGCUACUUUAGUUGACUUUUACAUAAUUUGAUUUUUACAUGCGAUCCGAAAGAGGCGCGUUCGAAAGCCGGCAUCCUGAGGUAACUGAAUUAUUAUAGAACAAUGCUACACAAAAAUCAGUUUUACAACCCUAAUUAAUUAGUCUUUUCGGAACGAAAGCACAUUUCGGAAUUUUUGCUGGCAUUUCAUGAGUUAGUCCACCUACUGUACAAAGAGCUAAUUUGCUAGAGUCUAACUGACCGAUCGAAUGUCCGCAGCAAUUACACACUGCUCUUGGGUUUAUGCAUCAUUUUAAAACGCUGGCGCUGACCCGGAGGGUUUGAUAAAAUUAAGCAUAUUUGACCGGUUGUGAUAAAAUUUACUGGAAGGCAAAAAAUAUUUUUGCGUUUUAUGAUUAUAACUCGGCCAGACAGCGCGCUGAAACACUUAUAAAAUCCGUAGUUUCGGGACCUAGAUUAUUCCCAGCUUUAAAACAGAAAUUAAUUUAAACUUUUAUUCGAGGAUGAAAAUGUGAUUUUUCCGAUAAACAUCAUCCAUUUCCGAAAAUAUAUUGGUUUCUCAUAAGCAAAAUAAAUAUUUUUCUAGGCAUGAAUGUGUACUUCAUAUAUUAGUCCAUCUAAAAGGUUAAGGAGUAAGGUACUGUUCCUAGAAGGCACUUUUGUCCUUUUUAGCUAAAAUGACGAAUUCGUUGUAGUAACAGAAGUCUGUAUAAUACAUGUUGUUAAAAAUACUAAUGACAACGGCUUUCCAACUUUAAGCUUGCUCAUAACCUAGAGGGGCAGCCGUGGACAGGUAACAAAAAUCAUGAUUAACGUCAAUGGAUUCCAGGGUAAAAAAUAGUAAUAUAAAUGUCAGGGGUAGGGCACAUUCACGACAGAGCUAACCAAUUUAUCAUUGAAAUUUAAAUUUCGAAUUAAAAAAGGUUACGAAUGGAAGAGUAUAUGCGUAUAACAGGUUCCUGUUUAAAACAAGACAAAGGUACGAUCACUGGGGCGGUAGCUUUAUGGAUUUAAGCUUUCGAACUCUAACAGGAGUUCAUCACCAGAUACUGUUAGAGUACAGCAACGUGGAAACAUUUAUACGGUUGUGCCGUGAGGUGGGAUUACGUUCGUGGCUAGAUCUGGUCUGUGCUGCCUUGCCCACAAUGGUCCCCCGGUGUGGUGACGGCGUUUUUACUUCGCGCCGAUGUGAGCUGCGCCACCUGGCUGCGUGGGCGGAGCGCAUGAUAACACGCCGGCAAAUCAAUGUGUCUAUUGAUGGAGUUGGUGUCCGACACCCACGCUCCCAGCAGUUCUCGCCCGUCCCGUUGCUGGCUCGUGCCAGGCACGUUUACCAGAAAAGACGAGGAGACUGAAAAAUUAUCCCUCUUUGACAUGCCUGUCACGCGCACAUCUGAUGGUAAACUCAGUACUACGGUGUACAGAAAGCCGACCAAUACAACCCAGGUUCUUAGUUAUCAUAGCAUCCACUCGUUGGUGCACAAAUGGGACUGUGUGAGGGCACUUUUCGACCGAGUAAAAACGCACUGUAGCGAGCCCGAAGGAGGUAUACAAAAAGUACGGCAUCUCAGGGACCAAUUGACAAAGAAAGGCUACUUAAAUGGUUUAAUCAGCCGCUGUAUAUGCACGCACCCACGACAGACAAACGGAAAGGAGACACAAACAAUUUAGCACUCCAUACAGUACAAAAAGAACAUGUCCGAGGCCGCAUAACGCAUUGCCUCAAAGUUAGGCGUGGGCAAUGCUCAUCAUCCGGCGGCUACCAUGCGUAGCCAAUUCAUGAAAAUGAAGAAUCGGCUGGACGCAGGUGGGCAGUCGGGCGUAGUCUAUAAAAUCCCGUACCAUAACUGUCCUUGCCAUUACACAGAUAAAACAGGACGACGUCUCUGCUCACAAAUACUUGAGCACAAACGGACCGUCCGGAGAGGCGACCAACUAUCUCAAGUCGCCACUCCCAUGCUGGAGUAAGGCCAUGAAUUCGACUUCGUCAACACGCGGGUAAUGGCACGAGCCAGCAACAGGACGGGCGAGAACUGCUGGGAGCGUGGGUGUCGGACACCAACUCCAUCAAUAGACACAUUGAUUUGCCGGCGUGUUAUCAUGCGCUCCGCCCACGCAGCCAGGUGGCGCAGCUCACAUCGGCGCGAAGUAAAAACGCCGUCACCACACCGGGGGACCAUUGUGGGCAAGGCAGCACAGACCAGAUCUAGCCACGAACGUAAUCCCACCUCACGGCACAACCGUAUAAAUGUUUCCACGUUGCUGUACUCUAACAGUAUCUGGUGAUGAACUCCUGUUAGAGUUCGAAAGCUUAAAUCCAUAAAGCUAACGCCCCAGUGAUCGUGGCUUUGUCUUCUAUCAAAAAUGUUUGUUAAUAAAAUUGGAUCCCUGGAAUAAAUAGGAAAAUUAAUUUCAAAACUAUUUAAACGCUUAGUUCAAAAAGAGUACUUAACCAACUGCCCUAUACAUUAACUAAAUGCCUAAAUGUGUGUUUCGUCACUUCUUUGCUAUUUACGAAGCACACACGUGGUAUUAGGCUUCGGAGUGUUGAGGGUGCAAAUGCCCAGUAAAUAUUUAAUUCGUAAACCAUUUCCUUUCCUGCGUUGGUUUACCUUCAAAGAAACGGCUAAAGUUUUACUGGUUAUUUUGCAACUACACUCGAUAGUGUUAGCAAAAAAUAUGGAUUUCACAUCGCAAAAGGCCUGACUUGGGAGUUUAGCGGAAUAUAUUUAAUGAUGAUCAGCAAGCGAGACUCCUAAGCUAACUUGUGUCUAUUCUUGUUCAUCAUUGUUGUCUUGGAGGUUAGUAGAUCGUGGGAGCGUACAUUCAUGUCACUAUGGUUUGAAAACUAUUAUGCAAUCUAAAUAUUCUUCCGUUUAUCUAGUGAGUAACCUACACAGACAGGGUUGAAUGAGUUCGUAUGGGUUAAAUAAAACCCUCAAUUUCAAUCAUUGUCAGAUUUCGGAAACCCAUCUUCCAUUUCAAAUGAGCGCAAGUGGAAAAUUCAGCGUGCUAUCGUUGAAUGACGCUGGCCUGUUAGGAGCAAUAUUUGAAUCGCAUUCCAAGUACUGGACAGAGUAUUUAUGAGCAUGCAUGGAGUCAGCAUUCAUCAAAUCCCGAACAGCAUUAUUUCCUAGAAAAAGCAAGUUGUAAUAAGUCCUACGGAGAACAAACUACGAAAUUAAAGUCGCCAAUGUACACAUGAACUUAUAAGAAAUAAAACGUCAAUAUCGCAAUGAUGACACCUACAGGUCUAACUUUCGUCCAAGUUAUUUGUGAAACCUGUGAAAGGUCAUGCAGGAGGUACUUGUGGAGGCCCGGAUUACACUUAAUAGGGCCCAAUUCCUGCGUAAAACUUUUACUUGCAUAUCGUGAACUUCCUAAGAAAAACAUGUAAUGUUUACAUAUUAUAAUCUAGCAACAAUGUUUGUCUCUAUAGAAACUGUGUUUGCAACAUUUUUAGAUUCGGGACUUUCGAAAUCGCAGAUAUGUUUCGUAUGUUUUCUGCUACUACAAGACGCAACUAUAUGUGUUUUGUCCUGUCAGUUUGUUUUCUAACUGGCAUAGCCUCAAUAUGGAUACGAAUACUUCAAAAAGCGCCUCAUCAACGUUUUUUACUCCAGGCCAAUUGGAUGCAUCUAAUGAAGCUGGCAAGACUUCUGAGAUUAGCCCGAUUAUUCCAAAAAAUCGAACGGUACUCUCAGUACAGUGCUGUUGUGCUCGGACUAUUGAUGUGCAUGUUCUUUCUCCUGGCUCAUUGGUUUGCCUGUGGCUGGUACAAACUCGGACGGACCGAAGUUAUGAACGUGGCUAUACGGAAUCACAGUAAGUAUUUCAGACGGUAGGAUGCAUAGUUCUCUAUGGUAUUCUGUGUUGCAUUACUCGAUAACUGUCACUGAAAGAUGCGAUUAUAAAAUGUCUCUAAAGAACAGUGCUUUAGUGAUCCUGCGACGCUAAAUCAUCAAGGAUGUUUUCAGCGUGAUCCCAUCUUUGUAGAAUAGUGUUUUUCUCCUCCAUUGUGCAUUCAAUUGAUACAUAGCUAAUUUGGUUGAUUUUACUGAAGUGAUUCCUGACCAGUAGAUGGUAGCGCUGGAAUAUUGGGGGUCUUUUUAUAUGAAACUUUUAAUUAGUAUCAAGGGUUCUUCCAUAAAAACACCAUACAGUCCACAAACAAACACGUGUGAUAUAACGACUACUAACUCAAAGUGUUGGACGUAAAUGGAACGAAGACGAAUAUUGUAAUAUUCAGUUUAUAUAAAGAAGGGCCCGAUUAUAAGGCCAUGUAGAACGGCUAUCAUGUAGCUGACGUCCUUUCAAAGCGCAGUAAAUAUGUGCAGUUAAUACAAAUGGAAAUGGAUAUAUGAAAGGCAAACUCAUAUCCCCCUAUAUCACACAUAUGCGUCGACUGUGCAUUCACAAGAGUUUUCUUAAAUUUUUGUGCAUUUCAAAGCUAGAUUUGGUCUAUAAUGUUUGUAACCAUAUAGUGAGUUAAUAAAGGGCUAAGACUUUAAAUAGUUUUUCUUAGGCCGCACGUCGGUACAGGAGGCUGAUGUCCGCGAAUCGCAAAGGAACUCUUUCGGACAGCUGCCGUUUUGCGUUGUAACUAAACAUUAAUUAUAGAUGCUCUGUGCGAUUUUCCGAGGGGAGGUAUUUAAAAAUAAUACGAAUUAAUAAGUUAUUCUUCCGUAGUUUCUACCAUUCAGUGCCUAUUUUGUCUGCUUGGUUGUUGGGUAAAAUGUACAGUAUAAAACAUCCAAAACAUCAAUGAAAGGCGUUUUUAAGUCUGCUCCUACAGAACGUAUUUCGCGGUACUUUUCUACAUUAAAAUGUAUCUGUUCCCCGUACACAUAAAUAGCUAACCGCUCAGAUUCAAUUUCAAUGGAUGUCAGCUUAAUAUAAGAUUUGACGCUUAAAGGAGCACAUUUAAAUAAGCGAGACACAUAAUAACCGUUUGUUUUAUUUUGAAUUAACUUCCUUUUUCUGACCUAAGUCUGUCAAAUUUUCUCGCAACACACCUUCAUACCUGACUCUGUUUGUGUGUUCUAAGCACCGGUAAUAGCAUAAUGUUCAGAAUGCAUUUCUAAAAAGUAUACUUUUUAGUCUUGAAGAAUUCCGUUUCCAAUAAAAGAAAACACGAUCCGCAAAGCCCUAUUAUGGUUUCUAAAUGGAAUUAAGGCACUUUUGAUAAGAAAAAUAGCUGUGUAUUGAAUGUUGGUACCAACGUUCGUGAACGCAGUUUGCUUUCCGAAAAUAGGGUUUUUAUAUCUACUGCCAUGUUCCUGUCCGUGCUUAUGGUUAAGAAUGCGUACCAAUACGACUGUUGGUUGUACGAGUCUGAAUAGUUAUGUGAGCCGAGUACAAAGUAGUGUUGCUUUUUUAAAGUAGAAUCCCAUAAAAUUGCCAAAAAUGGUAUUUAAAAAAAGUCCCUACCUCAGCAUUAUAUUUGAGCAAGCUAUUUUAUUCGGACUUACAAUACUUUCGAAAGAAUCAAUUGAGAAAGAAAUUUUCGAAGGAUAUUGUCUUUCUUACUUUCGUAGGCGUUUAAGUCAAAACACGUGCAGGUGCCUAAUUUUGCAGCAAACCUUUUUUGAAAAUAUAGGCAAAUCCUCUAUCGUUUUUGUAUACACGAUGAAACAAGCUGCGCUGUUUAUAUACUGGUAAGCGGCGGUCUGCUUGCUUCUCCUCUGGCGUAUUGUUCCACCUUCCAAAAAGUUGGCUGAAAACAGCAUCCCCCCAAAGGUGCUGGUCACAAUGGAUUUGCGGCACAGGCCAUAACUGCGCUAAUUCGUAGCAACAGCUUCUGUAUAUGCGCUUUUGGUCUCCCCCAUUGUGUCCUCGGCAUUAGUUUAAUCGGCAGUGGUUGGCUGACGUGCGGACCAUAACAGUUAUAUACUCCUGAAUUUAGGCCCGUUAGGCUCUCGAGAAAGUUUCCUAGCUUAAUAUCUCUAGUUUGUUGAUGGAUCAACUGAGGUACUCCGUUUUGACUGGCUUGCCCAUAUGUCGCCUUUGUUGUCAUUAUGGAAACGAGGCAAAUGCUCUGAAAAAAGCUACUUGGUGAAAUUCAUAAGAGCAAUUUAGUUCGACGUCCUCCAGCAGUUCAUAAAAGAAUAAGUUUAUUACGUCACAGCACUUUUGGUUGCUUCUUAAAUGUGUCAUUUGCUGGUGAAACGUAACCAGACUCUCUAUGGGCAGACGCAAAAUACGACGUGACUCGAUGAGGUAAAGCAAACUAGGCCUACUGCAUAGCAAGUAAUGACGGAAAAAUAGAAGGAGCGAAUCAUAGUUACGUUGAGUGGGAAGCAAGCUGAUGCGAAUUAAAAUGCGUUUAUUUUCAAAAUAAAUCAGUUUUUGCGGCGCGGACAAGUCACUUCCACAGGAUGCGUGUAAUUUUGUGAAUUUGAAGUACCAGUCCCUAUCGUUUUCAAUGAAUCUCCACGGAGAUCAUUUGGCAUAAAUGGAGUGGAUGGGCUCACCGAGUACACGCCAAACGAGAGGAAUAUAACUAUGUUUCUCGGACUGAGAAAAAUUUAAGCAUACAUUUAGACGACUUCCAGUUUGUUCCCUAGUUGUGCAGUGCACGAACAUUAUGUUUGUAAGCUGCAUUUCUAGGCAAGCAUCGAAAGGUGCCUGCAGGGCCUCUUUUGUUGCUCAGAUGUUGGAGGUAUUCGUAGGUUUGGUAGAUAGAAAAUAGCCCACAUAUAGGUUCUUCAGAUGAGGAAAUCUUGUUUGUAGAACUGAUAACGCUGACACAAUCCUUAAACCCUUGGCGUCCGAUGUUUUCAUUAACUUUACGUCACAUAUGACCAUCGCAAUUUCCAAUGCUUCUAGUUUGCUAACUAUCGUCGUUACGUACUGUUGCAAAAAAGAGUUGUUUAGUUUGCUCUCGGCUAAACAUUGCAUGCAUUAGAUUCUGGUAUUCUCGAGUGCACAUCUACAAGAAUGAGUGUCCUAUAAGUGUUAGGGGGCGCACACCGAUCGUUCUUACGGAACCCACUCGUUCCGUUGUGCCUUAUGGAUUCUCUCUCGAGCCCAACCAGCAGCAGCACAGCGGCGCAUGAUAUAGGCAGAAUGAUAUUACCGACGAUCAAUGAGUGCCCCCUAACAUUGUGUAUUCCCGAUCGAAAACCGACAGGGCAACGGGCUCGUGGCUCAGUAGUUAGAGACGAGGACUUCUAACAAGCAGGUCGCGAGUUCGAGCCUCGGGUGUGCCGCACUUCGGGGUUGGGUAUGACUGGCUGACGACGGAUAAUAAGCCAGAAAUGGCCAUUCCAGUCUCCCUUGCCAUUGUCGGCAAUAUCAUUCUGUCUUAUAAGGUAAUUUUAUUCCAUUCUUACCCCAUAGUUGAACCGCGCAUCCAAGUUCACCUUAUCAUGCUAACCUCUAGAAUACUUUUACUAUUAACGAUGACUGCAUCAUCGUCUACCUAACUCCUGCGUGGUUUAUCUGAGUCAUACUUGUCUAUAGGGGAUAUGCAGGUGUAAAAAGGGUUCAGACUUAGUGUUCUUCCGAUCAUAAGGAAUUUAUAAACCAAAAGUCUUCGAACUAUUUUCUCGACACCGAAAUUUGCAUUUCAUGAGUGUUAGUCUUUUUUGCUUAUGCACGUGCCAAUGAGUCUGGCUGCAGGUAUUUUCCCUUUUGAUAGCCUAACUUACCGAUUAUAUCACUUCACAGUCUCAGUGAGAUUUUUACUUAUAAAUUAAGGCUGGUUAUACGAACUAUCAGAAAGAACGCAAACUCAUUUUACUGCCAACAUGACAGGUGGGCCAAGUCCCAGCAGUGUUUACGUUUCCAGCCUCUACUUCAUGAUGAGCAGUUUAACAAGUGUGGGGUUCGGGAACGUUUCUCCAAACACAACAAACGAAAAAAUCUUCUCCAUCAUCGCCAUGCUUGUUGGAGGUACAUCCUUAAUCUUUUUGCAUGCCAUAUUUAAUAAACAUUCUAUUUUUUAGCUUAUGUGGUAUGAAUACCCAGGGUACUAAUCACCGUUUUUAUUGAAAUUUUUAUUAUACCUGCCACCAAAGAUUUGCAAUCGCAAAUCAGCACCAUUUUGGUUUUCCGAUUAUAUAUCGGCUUGAUGCGUUUUUUUCUGUUUAGCUCAUUAAUGCGGUAUUUUCUGCUGUUCUCAGUUGUACAGUCAUUUAAAGUUAGAAUCAACCCAUUGAUAGCACUAUUGUUAGUAAUUGCAAAUAAUAUUUUAUUUAUGAUAAGGGUACUAAACUAAAUUAUACAGACUCCAUGCUGACUAUAAGUUUAUGAUUUACCGCGUUUUGGUUCGACACAACUAUACUUCUAAGAUGUAACCUCUCUACUAGACGUCUACUCGCCUUCACGAAAAGGCUAUUUGCUAGCUGAACUUCGCUCUAAUUAAAACGAAUUUUUUGGGGAUAAUAAAUGCCACCGGGCUAGGGGUCUCAGCCCAAUUUCUUAAAACGAGUAUUUGGAUAUAAAUAUCCCGCUUUGGCUGCUCAUCCAAAAGUAGUUGGACAAUAGAUGGACCUUGUAGAAUAAAGGCACCCUACGAACACAUAACUUGCUUUUCUUGCAGCAAUCAUCUGACAAUGGGAAACUUGUUCUUAUAAGGAUUUACUAUACAGUACUUUUAUUUUACUGUCACUGUUUGUUUGUACUUAUUUCGAUAACUCAGGAGCCCAUAACGAGGGAUAUUUGAAAAGGUGGCUGGAAUAUUCAAUGACGAAUGCAGUAUUUUACAAAACACAUAAUAUUAUCUUUCGGUGUAAUACCUAUACUGGAAUGUAAACUAAAACGAACCUAUCCCCAGAGAAUUUUGAAUAAAGAAAAAUACGACUGAUUAGGUAGCUCUGUGGUCAAAAGUACAACUAACGUGCACGACCCAGGGUCCAUCGACCAUCAGUAACAUUUCCUUGUCGCUUCCGUCGGGUUAUUGUAAAUGUUUGUCAGUGUAUCGGUUUCUUCUAGGACAUAGUUUUCAGAAACCAUAAAAAGCCCUCUUUUUAAACACAUUGAUAUCUCCCUCUACGAGACAGAAAAUCGAAAGUUUAAAUAUAUAUGAGACACACACUGAAACAUACUGUUGCAGGAGUUUAUUUUUCAGAUGAAAAGAAAUAUUAUAACGUAAAUAAAAGGCGUUUUCUAUGGACAUGCACUUUGCCAUACGCAUCUUAAUGUUGACGUACAACCAAAUGUAAUAUUUUAAUAAAAUUCGACGUAUGACGCGCCACGUACAGGAAUAUUUGUUUCGCAUGCGCACGUGGGCCAGCAUAUACUUUGCAUUUUCGCGCCAGAUUGAACACUUUGGUAAGUCCAACUGGAAGGGAUGUGUUAAGCCCUUAAAUCUUAUGGGUCUCUGAUAUAUGGUUUCAUUUACAUGUCAUUUGGGGUCACUUGGAAGCCAAGCAAAUAGAGAAUCCUAGUUGAUUUUUUUAUCAUGAGCAAUUUUUCAUUCAGUUAUCGUCUGUAUACACUUGGAUUCAUUGAAGCAUCUAAUGCGGACCAGCGUUGGCCAUGAGCCAUAGUUAAAGAAUAGAAAGGGUUUUGCCGCAUAUGUCUGCUGCGUUUACGAAAACAUGUUUUUGAUGUAAUUCAAACAUUUUUAUUCACUUAACUCACUUGUGAAAAUUUAGCAUAAACAGAAGAUGGCAGAAUACUGUAGUCUUAGGCUGACAUUUUAAACGGAAAGCUUCUUGCGUUUGUUAAUGGACUCGGUGGUCCAAUAUGAGUAUAUAGGUGAGUGAGUAUUAUAUGUGAUCAAAUUUAAAAACAUUUUAACGUGGAUAUCUCGUGAGAAAGACUUCAAGAUAUUUUAAUUCUUAAUCGUUGAUUUCCGCAAUAUUCUCCUCAUCUGUAUAUGAACUAUUCGAUGUUUUGCUAUAUUUUUUCGGUUAAAAAUUUAGAUUUUCAAGAUGUUUGAAGUAAAAUGACUAGAAUUGUCAUACUUACUUUUUUGGUCUAUCAAUUUUUAGCUCUUAUGCAUGCGGCGGUGUUUGGUAACGUCACAACUAUCAUUCAGCGAGUUUACGCCAGACGUUCAGCGUAUCAAAUGAAGAAUCAAGAUCUGAAGGAUUUUACUCGGGCACAUCAUCUUCCAAAACAGCUCAGACAACGAAUGCUAGAAUUUUACCAAGCGAUGUGGUCAAUUAACAGGGGAAUAGACAAGCAAUCGGUUAGUUUAGGUGGUAAUGUAAAAUGCGGAAAUGUAAAAGCUUAUCUUCUGUGCGAGAUAUUCAACUGACAUUUCUUACAGAUUUUCACGUCUGGUCAAACGUUUAUAAGCAACGAGGCAGUAAUAAUAAUAAUAAUUUCAGCCAUUAUUUUAUCUCAAGUCCACGUAACUCAUUUAGAUUGCGGAAUUUCAAUUCCGACAGUUUAUUUUUGCACAGCAAUUAAAUGUAAACUGCUAAAUGACAUUUCACUUCGACAAGCUACUCGUUAAACCCUAUAUAUAUAUAUAUAUUUCCUGAACCAAGUAACAAUUCCUGCGCUAAAAUCAUUUCCAAGCAGUCUCCUACUGACCUUUAGAACUGGCUUUUUAGACGUUUAGGCUUUGCGCGCACAAAUUAAUAAAAGUGCAUUCCUGCUGACGACAUUUAUAUGAUGGUUUUCAAUUGUGGUCACUGGAGCGGUAAAAAUAACAUCAGCAGACGCUGCCGCUUUAUAUACGGAAUUUUCGUUCUAUAGUUGACAUCACCGUUUAUACCCCUCUGUAAAAGUAAAUAUGAAAAACGAUUAUGGUUGAUUUUCUUAUUUUUUGGAAUGUCAAUUCUGGUAUAGUUUGUAAAUCAAUCUGACAUAUAUGGACAUUCAUCAUCACGCUUUUUAGUACCAUAUGAUUCUUUAAUCAGUUUUUGCAGGCAAUUAGGUAUUGCAAAUGUUGGUUGCAUUUAUUUUUUUGAUCUACAUGUGCACAACACUAUAUCAGCGCUUCGAUUCGCUGGAUACACCUGUUGUUAAUAAUGUGCUACUGUUUUAAAUCUUAUAAAGCCACUAAAAGAGGAGUGAUUUGGGUAAAUUCAAUCCCGAUAUUCUCGGUGUUCAGGGACCGCAGACAGCCGCAACUAGAAAAACUUCUCCGAUAAUUGACACCUUUCUGAAAACGCUAGUAACUGUGAAUUUUGAUGUCAAAAACGUCGAAUAUAUCUGAAAAUAUCAUCCUAAAAUAUAUAGGCAUUAUUUAUUGCGUUUGCAUUGAUAUCAAUAUUUAAAAAUAGUAAAAGAAUUUUGUUAUAAAAAGUAUUUAGUUAGCAAAAUGAGUAAGAUAUUGGCAAACAUUUUAGAUAUGCUAUAGUAAAAAAGAGAUCUGCCGUUAAUCAACCGCGAAUAGGUCUCUGCAAAUGUUUGCAUUUUUUAUCGGAAUAGUUACGCUUCCUGGCCUUGAGGUCACCGUGCGAACUUUACGCGUUUAUGUCCAAAGAAUAUGAUGACAUAUCAGUAGCGUACCAAAUAUAAUUUGUCACUACACUAUGCCUCAGUAUUACCUCUUAGCAGCAUGUUUCCUUCAAGAAAUGUAAAAUAAAACGGAAAUCUAACACGAUAUGCAUUAGGUCAGAGCGUGUGUUUGGUGACAGCACAGCUCUAUACAAGGACUACGGACUGUAGCAUCUAAAGAGGGCGACUUUCAGGACGGUUAUGCGACGCGUUUGGAUGCCUUCAGGUGGUGUUCCCAAAAUCCGGUGAACUAAAGCUAUAGGUAUAGUUAUCGGUUCAUUAGGUAAAUACUUGACAAACAAACUCUCAGGGCCUAACGUGUUUCAUUGCCAUCACCCCGAUCCACGAAUGACAAGAUAUAAAAGUCGAAAUCGAGGCUAGUCUUGGGGAUAUGCCCCAUCCCAAUCAUACUCCAUAGUUUGUAUCAAAACAUCCUGUGCUUUUCAAACGCUCUUCAUACUUUUUCAAUUGAACGUAGGUCUAUUUUAUGGCUUAUUUGUCUUUAAAAAUUCGGUUAAGCUACCAUUUUGAAAACGUCCAUCUGAACGAAUCAUACAUGCACUGCAGCUAAUCAAGGAACGAAUCCGCUUCUCGAAUGCCUUCCUAAAAACUAUUAAACAACUCCUUAAUAAAAGUCAUGGUAUUUUUGAUUGAAAGUCCUUUGGUUUUUAAGUUAUUCAUUUCAAAAUAGGUCUUCAGAUAUCCGGUAUUAAAAUACUAGUUUUCGUGUAAUAUACAAAGGAAACUGAAAUGUUCUGUGCAUUCUUAAAGUAGCAUCACCGUUCUGUUAUCAAAAUUUUGUAGAUCAUGCAAAUAUUUCCGGAAGAAAUGCGGGGUGAUAUUGCGCUUCAUAUAAACAGGGAGAUCCUUAGUCUACCAAUUUUUAAAUCAGCAAGCAUUGGAUGCCAGAUGAGCAUUGCCCAACUUAUCGGCACUCGGUUUUCAACGCCCGGCGAAUUCUUAGUACACAGGGGAGAUGCAAUACGCUAUCUACACUUUGUCUGCAGUGGAUCGCUGGAGAUCUUAGAUGAAGAUGGAUCAGUUGUUGCUUUGCUUGGUAGGUAUCCACUAGAGUUAUAUAUGCACAUGUUUUAGAAUUUAUUCGAAAGACCAGUUAUCUCAGUUAAAUAGGAAUGAGUAUUUUAUUAUGUGACUAUAAUUUAAAACUUUAUUUAGGCUUAUGUGUGGAAAGCAGGUGUUCACUUUACUUUCAGCAGCAGUCAAGGCGAAAGACUAAAUGAUACUCUGGCAAAACAGUUUUGUUUUACAGUCGACAGUAAGUUUAGUAGCAAUUGCAGGCAGUAUGAAAAUAGAACAUUUGUAAGUUGGAAAUAAGCUGUGGGGCGUGCAAAAGUGCGUUCUAAGACUGUAUCCAAAAAAGCAACUAUCACGCGGAUUAAAAAGACACCUGGCAAGUUUCCCGCAGUUUGACGCAUGUGCGCCAUUGUUUAUUAAUCAGCCGGUAUGCAGCCUUAAUGAAAAUGCUUUCUGAACAUACUGCAACCCUUGCGACCCACGAUUCCGUCUGUGGCUGUCAGUGAAAAUUCAAACAAAGGUUUAUUGCAUACAAUAGAUAAAAUAUUUCAUAGUUUCCAUUCGCGACUGCUCCUGUUCUUGUAGAACCUUCUGCCACUGGAUUCGUGGGACAUGGUUCACUUGUUCAGACAGGACAGUCAAAAAACUGAAUACAUGUGAAUGACUGUCAGAAAGUUUAAUUUUCAUAAACACGAUACAAUCAGCUUUAAUCAUAUAAAUCAAGUACAAAGCACAAUUUAUUUUGCCUACAGUUGGUCGUAAGAUAACCCUACCAGAUGCGUUUUGCAAACCAAAGUUUAGUCGAAUUUGGAUUUUGUUCUUUACACCUUUACAUUUUUUUACUAAUUAGUGGUAAUUGCUUGCAGUUAAUUAGAAAUCUCUUGCCGCAUCCGUCUUACGGCAACUAUUUCAAAUGCCGAGUUCGGUAGCAGUUACUGCGAACUGUGCAUUGAAUAUUUUUAUCCGACUCCUUGGAAUGCGCCAGAUAUGUUAUGAUACAAAAUGUAAACAUCCUAAAUUCACUGUUCUUCUGAUUAUUUCUGAGGACUUUGGGCCCAACUCGAUCGACCAAAAUCGAUCCAAAAUCUGGGAGAGAUUUUGAUGGAAAUGCUGAACUAAAUAGGCUUUCGAUAAGAGAAAGUGCCAACAAAUAUAUAACUUAUCUUCAAACAGCCGGUGAUUCUUUCCGGCGUAGGGCAGUUGAGGUAUACUGAAUCUCAACAUUGAGAGGUUAUACGUGUCAGGUCUUACUGUAGCAGAUAGAUAUUCUACGACCCCAUCCGGAAGAGGAGAAAGAUACAGUUUUUAGUACUUGGCUGGACAUUGAAUAAGGGACGUAUUUAUCAACGUUUCAUGUUUAAAAAUAUAAUUCAACUGAGUGCAUGCAUUUACACUGCUGCAAGAUGUAUGCACAUGCUUUAAUUAAAGUUCACAAUUACGGAUUCUGGACAAUUCCGAUGUCAUAAUACUUUUUAGCGUCUUUCUAGCGGUUUUUUAGUUUUUGACUACAACUGGCUAGCAGCGUGGGCAGGCAGAAGAUAUAGCAAUGGCUGUUUGAUAAUGAACUACGUGUUGACGCGAAUAUUACAUGGUAGAAGAGAGUGCAGAACUACCAGAGCAUUGAUAUGUGGGAAUUUUGGAGUGAAAACAAAUACUUUUAGCUGAAUAAGAAAACAAGAAAAAACACAAAAUUGAAACAAAAAGCUAAGUCAAAAGACCUUUAAAAACACCAGGUAGUUCUGACGUUUGGGUUUGUUUGGUUAUUUGGUCGCUAGCUCCUUUCAGAAAUUAUGAUAACCUGCACUAGUUUGAAGCACAAUACCUGUAAGUCGUGUUGUCUCGAGAAUCCACGCAUACUAAAACACAUAUUCAAAUCAAAUCGUCUGAAAACAAUAAUGCGCAGAUGUCAUUACGUUUAAAAUGUAUCAGCUAAAGAAAGGUUGAGCAACAAGCCACCCCUUAGGCCGCUUUAAGACAAGAAAGGUCUUUGCAACUAUUUUUUUACUUUUUCAGUGCAAAUUGCAGUUUUUAAUUUUUCUGUGCACUUAAUAGAUAUUUAGUCCUUUGCUGUUUACGAUACCUUAAUAAUAGCUUAAUUACCUAAACUUAAUUUAACAGGCAAAGGGGACCUGUUCGGAACGGAUAUCGAUGACAGACCUCUCAUUGGCUUAUCAGCUUUCGACGUCAAGGCCCUGACUUAUUGUGAACUUCAAUUUAUUGUUCUUGACCAUACGUUAUUUGACGUGCUAAAUCUAUAUCCAGCCUACCUGGUCGAAUUUGCCAGUGCUCUACACGAUGAACUGUCAUUCAACAUCAAGGAAGGCUUUGAUCCGGUGGGUUCCUUUUGAAAAUAGUGCUCCUGACAAAAUUGUUUCACAACUAAGUCGGACCCUGCAACUGCACUUUUGAAACAUCCGGUUUUAUUUCCUCAAGCAAUUUUUAAAUCUUUAUGGGGUGUGGACAAACUCCAAGCUCUUAUAAAAAACGAUUGCUGAAUUUGCUCCAUUUGUCAAAUGGUAUAAUUGUUAAGUAAACAAUUCCAUACAUAUUUCACAUGUAAGUUGGAGAUUUAACAGCAAUGAAAUGCGAAUUUUAACAAAUAUAAUUUCUACAAAAAGAACAUUAGAUGGUUAAAUUACUUACAAUUAUUGAAUGGUAAUUAAUCCCGGCAUUUGGUGUUAGUUUGCAUAAAUGUUGUACGCCGAUAUAGAUACUUUUCUGCAAAGGCCAUCUAAUGCAAUUUCAUAUCUGUGCUUCUGUUAUAAUUAUAAUAAAAGUACUUCGUUUACGCUGACUUAAUAUUGUUAAAUACUUAUCAUCGGCGUAAGAUCUACCGUUAUAUCCUUACGGCAAGUGGUUCAAGCUCCAACCCUGCCCGUGCGUUUUAUUGAGGCUAUGAACAUUUGCCCUGAGCCCAAGCCAGAAAAUGCCCUCGGAUUAAAGUACGAUUUAAAAUGUGCCAUUUUAUCAAAUAGAGCUACUUUUAUUGCCGCUUUUUGAAGGAUUAUAUGAUGUAAAAGUUAGGAGUUCUCAACUUCGCAAAUUAACUUUAACGAACGAACAGAUUGGUGCAAAUUAGAUUGCUUAUACGACAGAUGCAGUACUAUAAAAGUGUUCUGAUCUUUGAUGCCAGCUCCUUCUUGUAGAGUAUUGGUGGUCCUUAAGCCUCAAGUAAUAAGCUGCAACUAUAGAGUUAGUCGCGUUAAACGUAGGUGUAUGACUGAACAGUAUGCUACUUACCCCAGCAAAUGUAGGAUCCUAUAUUUUGAUUUUAUGAAGUCAGAUUUUAUUACAAAAUAAUGGGAGAAGUUAAAAAACUUAAUGCAAAAGACAUUUUAGAAUAUGCCUUGAAAUUAGUUUUUUCUUUGGUCGAUAUUAAGUUCUUCUGUGCUCCCUAGGCAAGCGAUAAUUUAAAAAAAGUUAAAAAGGUUCAUCUAAAUCGGCAGCGACAGCAAACAUCUGAGAUAUUUCACGAAACCAACUACGCAAGAGAAAAAACAUAAAAAACCGGAGUAUGAUUUAUGUUCUGCCAAAUUCUUUCAGUAAAAAAAUUGAACAGAGGCGACUGUCAAAAGCAAAAAAUGUGUUCAAAAUGCUCAAUGGCUUUUACGCUUGAGUUUGUCACAAGCAAAAAGGUCGUUUUAAAAACUCACUGGCGAAUGACGCAUUCUUCUAUAGUCUCUGCCUUAUCACUUACAUUAACUGAAGUGUGUUGUACAUCCUUGUGAAAGAAGGCAAAUUUCAAACAUACUUUAAAUAACGUCUUUCAAGAGCGCAUAACGAACUUAAUCGACCUCCCAUAAUAAUAAUAUAGAGUACAGGAUGUAGAGUUGAACCGCAUCGUUGGUUUAGUUUUUGGACGGCCGAGGAACAUGAAAUUGAUUUCCUUUGUCAUAAGUGGGCUCCGGAACAUCUAUUUGGCCACUCUUUACGAAAUAUCAUGAGCUUUUUUAGGGAUUAGCAAUGCUUUGCUAACAUUCGCAUUUCGUUCUUGUGCUUUUCCUAACGGGGGGGUUAUUUGCUGAUAUCCAACUAAUUCUAUAAAUGUUCGACAUGACAUUAAAGCGCGUUCAGACAACAAAGCUUAUUUGCUUAAUAAUAGAAAAUGCGCUAAAUCAUGGGGGACAGGAAGUAGAGGAUAAAUGAAUUAUCGCAAAAAUAUGAAAGAACAUAGAGAGACCUGGAAUGUUUUGCUUUGCAGAGUGCUCUUCAAUAUCUUGGAGUUGUGAACAUUUGGUCUGCUCUAGCAGAUUCAGUGUCCAAACUGGUAAUAUUUCAUACACGUUUUCCAAACCAGUGUGUUUUUUUACCAAUUCGGCUUUGCGGUUCGCGGCCUAAUUUUACAUAACUUCGCUAUUUUUGAAUUUUCACAAAUGAUCGCGUUCAUAUGAAAGUUUUUCAAAACCUUUGAAUUUUUGAUCAUGGGGUGAAACUAAAAAUGGUCAGCCGAAGCAUCGCUUGGAUACGACCCUUAUACCUGAAAACUUUAAAGUGACGAGAUAUUUUUAUUAUUCAGCUCUCCAGGGAAGGCGUUACUACCUUUGCUGCCAUAACGAAGACCGUAUCACCGGAGCCAGAUGCCGCUGUUGAAGCUGGACUCUGUCACUCGAACGAUAUCAGGACGCCGUCGCCUGUAACGAUCUCUACUAUAUCAAUGCCCAACCGCUGCCAUUCCACGCCCUGUGGGCCUACAAACAUUUCCAUGCACGGAAAACUGGAAAGGCUAUUGAGCUAUGACAGUUGUCUUGAAAGAACCACAACUGGCCAGUCGGUUUCUAAUAGAAGAAAAUCACUGUUAAAUUCUCCAAAUAAAGUCCAGUGGUCCAUAAGUGAGGCGACAAGCCAACAAGAAUCCGAAGAUGAAGGAGAGAUGGCAAGACAGAGUAUGACAAAGGACAGUGAGGCAAAAGUUGCCAGACCAGGUGAAAAUGCUUUGGAGACAGAAAAACAACGGGCGAAAGGGCAGGUUGUAGAAGUCGUCUCGGGAGAACAAACCAGCCAGAAGGGAAAAAAGGCUCUCUUUGCCGGGGGCAAAAAUCAAAUGUCCUUUGACUCCCGAUUUUCGCGCACGGGAACUUCGCCGAGAGAAAAGACGGCCCCUCAUACUUUUAAAAGUUCAUUCUGUCCAUUCGAAGUCUUACAGGAACGGUAUGCGAAGCGUUCGCUAAUUUUUUUAAUACCCGUAUAAUUUACCAUUGGCAAUAUAAACGCUUGAUUAUUUUAGUUCGAAUUUCGACAUAUAAUCACGAAAAUAAAACAAUACUGAUUAAUCAUUGCCUUAACCACACGGGUAUUGCAGAGCUUAGAGGGAUUAAUAAAGAUUUGCAAUUGUAUUAUUUCAAGUCUAAUUUGAAUAGCUGUCAUUUUAGCCGUAAAGCUUCCCCCACAAAUCGCAACCGCUCUUAAAUAUGUCUCAGCAGAAAUGGCGCGAUUUAUUCUUCGUAGAAUGUAGUGUGUUAAAGAUCUCACUUUCCAGACAAGAGUCUGCAUCAUCGUGGCAUGCUUUAUUUAAACCGUUUGUGCCACAUCCUCUAGAGCUCUUAUGUCAUUGGGUAAUGUUACCAGGAAACGGUUCCAAACAAAUAAAAUGUAAGCGUUCCAAAAUAAUUGAACUUUAGUUAAUUUUUAAGAUCCGGCAACCAAAUCAGUGUUUAUAAAAGCAACAGGAGAAGCAGAAAAAAAUUUUAUAUGACAGGCAUUCGCAUGUUUUACUUAGUGACGCCGUGGAGAAGUUUGUAUUGUGGAGCUGUUAAAGGAUUAAAACUCUAAAAGGAAGUAUAACUCAAGAUUUAUAAGUGAAAUUCUAAUUAUCCGAUUUUGCAUUUUCUGUCGCAUGGAAUAUCAAUAAGACUGCGGAGUAAUUUUUGCUUGCGAAACAAUGGAAGUUUCGGAUAUUAGUUAUGAGGAACUUACCAUAUGUUCAAACCAAAUAAUCGAUAGUAACCAACCUUGAUGUCCCUGAAAUAACAAGGAAUUGCAUUUUUUCUUUAUUUCUGACCUUUUUAUAGGGGUUAUUUCAAAGACUGCUACUACAACAUGCUAUGCACAAUAUGUUCGCAUUUUUAAUUGUCAUAUAAACUUUUCCUCUUUUUGUCAAUCCCUGCGUAAGACUGUUUUUUUCUUCUAGUAGAAAUCACAAUAAAAGUCACGAAGAAGCAACAAAUAUGCGGAGCAGUAAAUCCAAUCAAGUAGUUUUGCCAGUGCAUUUGCAGCGCAGCCCUCUUACACUACAGCCACCUAUUCGGUCUUAUGCCAAUGUGCCAAAGCAAUCGCUGGGACAUCACCUAUCAUCUGUACACCCAUCAUUCACUCACAUUUAACGCAACAAUCAUGCGCCUGUGUGUACCAGCCUUGUCAGUGACGGACGACAACUUCGGCUUGGAUGGAGGCUUACAUGUGUCGCUGGUUAGACAGAGGCUUCGUGCCACGUCGGUCUUUAGGCCAAAUCUCAUCACCACUCGGCUUACAAGUUUGGACGCGAAAAGGCUUGCAGCCGCCUGUCCUUAGUAGAGAAAAUGUGACACGCUUAAACUAUCAGGAGGCCUUAUAAGCCCUGCUCGAAAAGUUGUAGGCUUGGGGGGGACAGGGUGGGGGGUGUAACUCGGUCUCUUUUGUAGGGAAGACCAGAUCACUUCUCACGUUGGUAACAUCGGAGCCCUUCAUAGCACGCCCUACUAGCCAUUGCGUACUCGUACAGGUCACUGGGGAAUAACGGGGAAUGAGGCUGAUCUAACGCUAAAUUUCCUUGCUAUGUACGACCAGACGCGCCUUCACUCAGAACUUGGAAGUCUGCCAGCUGACGCGACGGCUCGUCCCUACUCGGGACCUAGUAGGGGGCUGCACAUUCCUCCUUCUUAGUGUUGCCUUUAUGUGAUUUUCACCUAUCUGAAUCUGAAACCCUCGUAUUGAAGCCUGGCGCAGAUCGUAAGUGAUCGUCAUUGAUUGGUCUUGUUAGCGAUUGCGUCCAUGUCCACCUCCAAUUGCCUUCACAGCGAAACAUUCUGGGUGGGGGACUACUUGAAUGUCCUGAUGGGGCAGUUGCUACAGACGCCGUAACAUGAAUCACAUUUCGCAAGGUCCUGAGUGUUAAUGGACAUUCAAGUGCGUUUGUCCAGGGAGACGGAAAAGCGGCUUUUCUAGAUAGGACCUUUAUUUGAAUAGGCAAAAAAUUGUUUUACGUUUGCGAUGUAUAAUGGUUUCAUAGUCACUAUUAGUAAAAACUGGCAAAUGGACACCACUUGAUUGGCCACAAUUUAUGCUGUAAUGUAUAUUUGCCGAUUUCAUCAGAAAACCUAGAGUUUACUGUAUAAGUAGGCGGAGACUGCGUAAGCAUUUACUUAAAUUUACCAAAAAUCAUACAGAUUCUUGGUGUCAUUUUUAUAAAAUAAUGGUGUUUUUAUUAGAGUUUCGCCACCUUAUGCCCAUACUUUCAGCUCGUAUUCAUUUGGCUUCAAAAGGAACUAACUGAGUUAAUUAGGCAUUCUAAAUUUUGUAUGUAGGAUCCAUUUCAGGAGCAGUAUUGAUGUUUAAGCUCGUCUGUGCCGGAAAAGGUUUCAGUUAUGAUCCUAUUCGGCAAUCCGAAUAUUCAGAAUUCUUGCAUUUCCCUACAUUUAUAAACCAACUCAUCUAAUAUUGAUGUUUUUAGCUAAGUCCCCAUAUGGUUUAUUUUAAGAAAACUGAACGUCACUCAGUGAAAUUCCUAAGGUUUUGCCUCCUUGGCGAGGCAUAAGUCAUAAACAACAGCCAUCACACUAAAAUAUCUUGUCCUGGGAUCAUACGAUUCAGGCAUAAAAUACGAUUAUCCGGUAGGCGCGCGUACAUAAUCAGGGCUCAUAUUCGUCCGCAAGGAAUGAACAAAUGCUGCCGCUGAAAGCACAGACAAUUCGACUUGAUUUGUACGUACUCUAUAACGCAGUUAUCUAAUAAAUCCCAGUCAAAUUAAAAGCCGGGCAAAGGUUUACGUCGUUUCUAAUAUGUGAUAGAAUCCGCCGUUUAGUUUCAAAUACCUUAUAUCACCAGGUUAAUUUGAAGUUUACGAGGAAUAUUUCUUCUCAACUGCAUGUUUGCUGAAUUGCAUACUAUAUAUGGUACCGUCUUUAAAACCCUUAUCUCCUUGUAGAGGAUCGGAUGAAGCUGAAUCAUUACCAAAAUGUACAAACCAAAGAAACGUCGACGAGGCGGCAGUUGUUCCUUCAAUUAACAACGAUGACAGCAAGGAAGCCAUUAAUGCUGAAUUAAAAGACAUUCUUUUGCUUAUCGCACGCGACAUACAUUCCCUGAGAUCUGAGGUUCGGUCACUUUCCAACGAAAUUUCUGAUCUGAAAAGAGGUCUUGUCACCACACCAACACUAGUAGGAUCAGCCCAGUCGGAACGACAAAGGACGCCAAAGAGUCAGUCUGUACACAGUGGCAUAAUAAAAGCCUCCACCAUAGGCUGCUUUGGCGAGGAAUAUCAAUGCACACAGUUUUCCACCCGCACCUUCUCAGAUGACACGGCUGUCCUUGCUCAUUCAACAGCCGGAAAACUCAGAUCGACGCCUCCCCCACGACAAAGUGAAUGUAAGAACUUCGUUAAAGGCGCUAACGACUCUCUUUACGCUAAGGACCAGAUGCCUCCAAAUUUUCACGAAAGUCGCAGCGUUAAGUUUCAUUUGCCUGUAAAGCAUGGGUGUCAUGAACAUCACAAGUUUCGCCGAGAUAAUUGUGAAUCCGGUCCACUCUUUAUCUCUUCCUCCUCAGAGGCAGCAGAGCAAAUCUCCCUGGCUGAAGGUCUUGACUCUCGCUCUUCUGUCGAGCGUGACAGUGAGGCUAAUUCAGUCACGCACUGCAAGUAGGAUACUUCUACAACACGGGCAUUCCACUAGCGAAAAAGCAAAAAAAUGUAAAUACAAUGGCAAAUCGCCUGAAAGAGAAGGUUUCCCUCCUCUUGGCAGAAUUAUGCAAAAGGCUCAUCAACUCUUCAUAUCAAUAUGUUCACUUGCUUCAAAGCAGUUGACAGGAAAAACUAGAUAAGCCUACAGACAAGAGUCUCUGAAAAGCACUUCAGUUGCAACAGAGUUUGGAAUAUUUGCAAUAAUCUCGGACGCGCCUUACUGCUCAAUUUUAUGAAGUGCGGAAUAAACGUGUCAUGACUGAUUUGAAUAAGCCUCGGGAAUAUGGUGCGACAAACAGCUUGGAACGUUUUAGCGAAACGUGCGGUUUUGCUUGCAUUUAUAAAUCGGACAACUUUUGUGCAGAUGUAAAAAUAUUUUCAGCAACUCUGAAUAAACAAUUACUUUUAUCUUUUUAUUUCGGCGCAGAGCUGAGGGAACGUGUCCUCCACUCUAAUUGCCUUUGCAUUCGAACGCUGAUCACGAGUGUUCCUCAUCAACUGUGAUGUUCGAAUACAAAGUCUUACAUUUAAAACACCUAACUUAUGGUGCUUAGUUCCUAAGACAACUCAAAAACCUGUUGUACCUAUUCGACAAUGGUAUUUUUGAUAGUGAUUAGUCCUUUUUACCCACUAAAUAACGUCUUAAUCAGCCCUUAUGGGGGGAUUUUCCAUUACUUUCACCAAUUUUGGAAACAAAUACUUUUUCAUGUGCAGAUACAUAAGGUAAUCCGUUAAAGACACAAUAAGUGUUUACGGUCCUUCAAAUGUCCCAUAAUUAUGUCUAUGUUAUCGGCAAAAUUUUGAAGUUGACAACGUGUUCUUACGUUGAAUAUUCCAUCAUUUGGUGUAAAACGACUUCCAAAAUCUUUCCGACGGUAGUGACAUUCGGAUUACUGCACCAAUAAAAAGCAGUGGUCGACGAUCAACAUCCACUGAAAUUCUGACAUCUUAAGGAACCGUCGAUGCUUAUAGAUUUGAUGGUGUAAUGGAACCAGGGGUUUUGGCUGAUGAAACGUAACUCGUUUGCAAAUGUUGCCCGUUGCUCGAAGCAUAAGGGAUGAAGAAAUGUUUUCUCUCAGUGGGCAACAGAUAAAUUACGUAAAAGGAGCAGCGUGUUUCUAAAACAUGUUUUUAUCUUCUGAAUGCAAGUGUAAACUAUCGUUUGAACUUUGCAUAAAUAUCCAAAAGAGCAGACAAACUAAAUCCUGAAGUAUGCGCGGAAGAACAAAACCCCUGCCAAAUUUGCGUGUAUAAACCGACUAUAUGUGAUAGGUAAAAAACUUGUCAACUACUAUGACACGCAAAGGAAGUACAAAAUUUUAACGUUAAUUGGGGUCGAUAAAAAAGGUUUUAAAUAAGCAUAAAUGUGGAAAUUGAAAUAUUUCUUAUUACUUGUAAACUUAUUUCAUGGGAGCGCAUAAUAACUCCCCGCAACUGAGGAAAUAUAACUGCAAAUGCAGAAAGACGUUCGAAACUCGGCAUAAAAAGGCCAUAUCUAAGUAUGUUUCAAAGCUUGAUACAGUAUACAGUCAGCUAGUCGAUUCCUACACAGAUUGCUGAAAGAUACGGAAGAUGUGGAGUCAACAUGUUUCAUCUUUGACAUUGGACUGUAGGUUAUGGCCAUGGAUAAAGAGGGUGGUAAUCGACUUUUCUUAGGUAUCCGCAAUCUGGUUGGUCACGAAAUAUUCUUUGAAGAUGCAAUCAUAAAAAUGGCAGAUUCAGUGUUAGUAAAUCUUUUUGGUAAAUUAAUUACCCUGUACUUUCCUGGGGACGUCAACCUUAUCGGAAUUUCAUGUCAUUUAUAAAACAUAGGUGAACACUUUGCAUCAGAGUGUUUGAUAAAUUGUUUGAAAGAGCGACCCAAAAUUUUGCGUCAGUAAAGCCGUCCAAAACUAGGACUUUGGAAGUUUCUAUUUUUGUAGCGAGCACUAAGCGUUAUAUAUUCUGUAGAUCGCGGAUUUGGUUAUACGUGUAGUUCCACCUAAACAAAAAAGGAUUCAACAAAAAUAAUAGAAAUUCGCACAGUUGGCGUGCUGGCAAUCGGUUUUUGAUCAAAUAGAAGAUUUCUUUUGAAACUCUUUUUCUUAGAAUCGUCCGAGUUUGAGUGCGUUGCACGUGAACAUCUAGAUUAUUUUUUUCAUCCAAAAUGAAACUUUUUUCCACUUUGCACAUUCCCUGACUGGUGCUGACAGCAUUUGCUUUACAGACAAACAUGAAUUCAUUAAAUAUAAAUGUGCUGCAGAAGGGCCACGUAACUUUUAGGGUACGUUUCCAAUCGCCACCGAGAUUUUCUUCACUGAAUUUCAUUUUGUAUGAAAUCGAGCAGCCAAAGCUCUCUUUUUAACUAGUUGAAAUUAAACUUGCCUAUUUAAUGACGAAACGUUGCUGGAAUAUCACGAGAAAACUUUCACUUGAUCAGAAAAUACGUAUGUGACGAAACGUUUGUCGUUAGAAUUACUUUUUCUGUUUUGGGGCAAAAGCUGUGCACAUUUGCGGAGCGCAAUUUUAAGUAUGAGUGACUUCUAUACAUCGAUGUAAGAACGACAAACGCCUUGAAGCACAUCGACUUAAUCGCGGGUUUCUAAAUAUAGUAACAGUUUGCGCUUCCUUAGAUGGCACGAAGAGCGGCGGCUAUUUGUUUCUCCAUAUCAACUAUUUCGCUACUUAAUUAACGGACCUUAUUGUCAACUCACUGGGCUUUUUUAUGCAGGAGUGACAGAACAUUUAAUCAUGCGUUUACUCAAAUUCAGCAAGUACAGACUUAGAUAUGUUUGCUUUUAUCAUCCUCCUCUUUCCUUGCAUAAUGUUCUGCCAUCUCUUUUGGUCCCAACUGGCCAGGUCUAAUUUUUUCAUGUUAUAUAAAAUUCGUUCGCAUGGCCGCUGCGCAUUAUGAUUUUUGCGGACCGAAACCAAAGUUGGCUUUGACAUUUAAUAAACUGUUGACGGGCAGAGCUGUAAAUUGCAGUUUUGAAGGCCAAAACAGCUAUGUGCAAAUUUAAAAUAUAGUUAAUGACCGGAAACCUUAUUCGAGUUGUAGGAGAGAUCGACUUGCAUGUACUUAUAUGUCCAUAUUAAGAAAAAACAAGAUAACUUAAGUAUCAAGAAGAGGACCAACAAUGCGUGACCGAUAUCAUGAAACGUUCACCAAAACUCUAAAAUGCGUUUUCCAUUAGAAAGGAUAAUUUAAGUGGUGUUGUGAUAUGGAUCUGCAUGGAGCAAAAUCCUUUAGUAGUUCAAACGUGCCAGGAUGUCAGCUUUCGAAGGCGCUUGUUUUUGACCCGCAGAAACCGCACUUAGUAAAAAAAUGACUACUGAAGUAGCACGCAUUUUUCCUGUUGAUGUUCGACGGUCCUAUAAAUUCAAACGCAUUUUAUAGAAAACAUGCACAAAAAUAUGCUUUCGUUUACUCCUUUGGUAGAAAAUCACACUGUAUUUGUAAUUUAUACAAAAAUGUUUUACAAAUUUUCCCAAUUUUCGAAUAAUUUUGGGUCCGAUCUCCCAUUGCAUUAGCAUUUAGCGAUCUCAGUCUACAAGGUGCACGAUUUCCGCGUAGGGAAAAUCAUAUAUUCCUUUAUGCCUUUAAGAAGAUUCCAUAUAAAGUUCAUGAAACUGGGCAAUGGAUCCAGACUGCGUUGUACAUUUUAUGAGAAGCAUCGGUAAACGAACAAGUGCGGUCUUGUAUGCGUGGACAUCGCACAGUCUUAGAAAUCCCAUAGUUAUAAAUUUUUUUCAAACUUAAUUAUGCACAUUUCUCGGGUAUAAAAUAUGGAGACAAUGGGAUUUUCUACCAAACGAGUAAAAGAAAGCAAAUUUUGUGCAUUAUUCUGUAAAAUGUGUUUCAAUUUAUAGGACCAUCGAAAAUCAACAGGAAAAAUACAUGCUACUUCAGUAGCCAUUUUUUACUGAGCGCGGUUUCUGCAGGUCAAAAAGAAGCGCUUUCGAAAGCUGACAUCCUGGCAAGUCCGAAAUACUAAAGGACUACGCUGCAUGCUAAUUUAUCUCACCACACCACCUAAGUAAUCCCCACUAAUUGAAAACGCAUUACAGAAGUUUGGUAAACAUUUCGUGAGCCUGGUCACGCACUGUACCUUUCAAAACAUUAUAACAAAUUCGUUUACAGUGGCACACUUGUCGAAAAUUUUACGACUUCUUUGAUGAAAAACAAAGUAAUGUGUUAAGAAACCACAGAGCAAUGACUGAAGUUUUUGCACACCUUGAAUGUGAAGGUACUUUAAGAGCAGGUCUAAUAACAAACAUCACCUAUGCAAAAUUUAACCUUCCAUGCAUACUAGCGAAGUGUGCAAAGCCUGAUUUUGGCUUAAAGUAUUACUGAUUUUUAAUACUACAGUAUAUGUAAGAGUCCACUAACAAAAGUUCCUUUACUGUUUUUCUACCCUUUUAGGCUUUUGCUCGACUAAGUGCAUUUGCAUGAGAGAAUUCAGAAAAGCGGAAGUGCAACCUUCGUGCACGCGAAAAGCAUCCGGAGACUGUCGCAGCUUUAUUUUUACUUAA